CUCUGAUCUCAUCGCACAAGCCAGUCAGCUGCGAGCUGUCUGCCUCUCUCGUCAGCUGAUCCAGCAGGAGAGCUUUCCGUCUCUCAUUGACUCUUCUCCUCUCACUUCCCAAGUGGAUUCCUUCCUUCCUUUUUUUUUUUCAAAGAUAGCAGCAGCAACAAAACUCUUGCCGGGGAGUUUCUGGGUCAGGAGGAGGAUAUAUUCCGAAGGCUGGUCGGUGGGGGGAUUUAAAGCAAAACAACAACACCAACACACACAGCAGCAGCACCCAAGCCCACAAACCCAAACUGGAUUGCAUUGCAACUUUGCUGCAACUCCGCUCCUUCUGUUCCCUCCGUCCAGGAUGGCUUCCAAUUUUAACGACAUAGUGAAGCAAGGGUAUGUCAAGAUAAGGAGCAGACGUUUAGGAGUAAGUAUUUUUAUUUUUUUGAAAAACAAACAAACCAAAACCCUCCACUGGCGUUAUUGUACCGUGUUUGAUUUAUCAAUGGGUUGGUGUUGUUUAAUCACAGCGUUGGCCACGUGCGUUGUGUGCCGUUGUCCGAGGAUCUGAAAGGGAAAACAAGGUUGCAUGCUUUAUUUUUAUUUUAUUUUUGACUGUGCAAAGGGCCAGUCCUUUUCCAGGUCUCUCUCCACUGCCAUAUGUGCAUUAUAAAUAUAGAAGCAGCUUGCAGUGCCGUGCAAAGGACAUUUCUCGAUAACGCAUUCAAGCGGGGUGGAGGGAAGGAAAGCCUGCAAAAUCCACACUGCCUCUAAUGCUAUCUUUCCAGUGCCUUAGCUGUGUUUGUGUCUGGAGAAACUAGCAAGCUUUGGAAUGUCACAGAACUCUUCUGUUAUGGGGUUUGUGGAAGUGAGGCUCAUUUCUGAAGAUUUAUGAGCGUGCUUAGAUAAAUUUCUUCUCCAAUCAUAUUAGAAUUGUCUAAGGGAUCUCCUAGUCAGCCAGUAUCCCUUCUUAACUUUUCACUUUCAGAAGAGAAGCCAGCAAGCAGACUUUAGGACUCAGUGGUUCAGUGCCCAUGCGCAGUUCCCAUUCAUUUCAAUGGGGCUCGCCCAAACGAACUUCCUGGCAGAUUAAGAGUGUUGUAGCACCUUAGAGAUAAGCAGCCUCAUGCUGGACAAGCUCGCUCAGAAAUAAGCCCUGCAGGAUCCAGUGACAUUUACACCCCAAUAAAUAUGCCGCGGCAGUAAAUUCAGUGGUAUUUUUGCAUGCAAAAGGUCUCUGGUGAAACCCCUGGCAUCUCCAGGUAAGGCUAGGAAAGAUCUCUGUCUGGAACCCUGGAGAGUCAACAGUAAACCAUAUGGACCAAUGGUAUGAGUCAGUAUAAGGCAGCUCCUUACAUUCCUAUGCUGCCUUGAACAUUGAUAAAGAAAGCAGAGAUAUAAUUUUUUUGAAUAAUGAUCAACAACGUAAUAUGCCUUGAUGACAGGCAGCAGUAAUGCAUUUGUUUCUGAGCCAACAUGCAAGGGUGCUACUGUGGACAUGGACAGUCCUAUCUAUGUCCAAUCAGAAUUAAGUCCCAUUGACUGAAAUCCCAUUGACUCCAUACUACAACCCAUUAAGUGUGUAUAGGAUCUCAGGCUGCAUUAGCUGGCGCAGACAUCAAGCUACAACGGGAAUGUAAAAUUCACAUUGGCCGCAAUGUGACAAAUAUGUAAAAUUCACAUUGGCUGCAGUGUGACAAGUGCAGUGUGUAGGUAAUUGGAAUGACAGUUCUUGAAUAUCAUGGUCUCAUAUUAACAAAUCACCUGUUUGAAGGGACACAUGUCUUGCUACCUGACUAAAUAUUAGAUGUUCCUUUCAAAUGUGUAUUGCUCAGCAUGGAUACAGGUGCAAAUGUGAGGAUGUCAUUUCCUACAUACAUGGCACUUGUCGGAAGCCUCUGCAAUGCAUCUUUAGGUCUAAGUUUCGGUGUCAAAAUGUUACCAAGAAUGCCCCCUCCAUGCAACAUUUGGUACCUAAAAAAAGCCACAGUCUUUAGUGUGCUAAGUGAGCAUGCAACUCUGUACUUGGUUGGAGAGUUUGAGGAAACAGAAACCUAUACUAUUCCAGUGGGGUUGAUAUUGUACAGAAGUGCUGGCUAUAAAUGUUCACAAAGUUUCAUGGUAUGGAAGGUGUGUGUGUGUUUGUGUGUAUGUAGAAGAAAUACCUUGCAGGAACAUGUGUGUGUUUAAAGAUAUAUCUCUAGACCGGUGCCUUAUUGAUUGCAACAGAAAAUGAUGCCUUAAUUUCCUGGUUUGGCUAUACAUUUUACAUUUAAGCAAUUAUUUCAUUUAUUUACACUUCUGUUCCAUUUUGUACUCUAGGUUCAUGGAGGUUUAUGUAGCAAACCUAUGAUAGUCUUAACUCCGCCAUCAUGCUCUCUGCCACACAAUGUUGAACUACAGUGAUCCAUAUUAGGACUGGGUUCUGGAAGUCUUGGGUUCAAAUUUGAGGGAGGCACAUAGUUCAAUGGUAGAGCACAUGCAUUGCUUGCAUAAGAUUCUGAGUUCAGUCCCAGGCAUCUCCAUGUAGUGCUAUGUGAGACUCUUAUGUGAAAAUCUGGAGAGCUGUUGUCAGUCAGUGUAGACGUUCCUGAGCAAGAUGGACCAAUGGCAGCUUCUUAUGUUUCUAUUCUCACCCAUUGAUGAAUUUACUUGAUAGACGUUGGCAGCUCACUAUAGUUCUGCCUUGGUUCUUCCAUCUGCGAAAUGAGAACUAUGACCGAUCUUGGAGAUUGCUCAUAAAGAACAUAUAACUAAGGUGUCUCAUGUGGCAAGGAGCAGAGAAAAAUAGGUGAUGCCUGAAUUUCAGAUCUGAAUUGCAAGUUGACUCCUAGAGUUCUCACUAGGAAUGGGAUAAAUGCAAGAGAUGUGUACAAAAAUAUACCAAUGGUUUUUCAUCUAUGGCAGCAUUUGAAUGGCCUUGGAAAAAGAAAUAUAGGAGAAAUAAGAUUAACGGUACAAAUUGUUGUAAGAAUGUAUUAGAAAAUAUAUAAAGAAUAGAUUAAUAAUGGUAGGUAUUCAAUAUUAGAAUAAAAGCAUACAUGGGAAUUGACAGGAAGUCCAAAGUUUUUGUGAUAUUUUUUGUUAAUAACUUUUGUUAAUAAUCUUUGUUAACAGCCGCAUAAAAAGUAGGAUAAACACAGCUGAAGCUUAAGGUUUAUAACUAUGUAAGAAAAGACAUAUAUAUAUAUAUAUUGGUGUGUGUGUAUAUAUGAUUGAAAUCUCAAUUUACUCUACAAGAUGUACUAUAUAAAAAAAAGUUAAGGAGCCACAGAAUAGUCACUUCCAAUGGUACAGUAAAUGUGGAAAGGUGGCCUGUUGGGAGAAGGAGAUAAAGCUUGCUAGUUAUUAAAAGUUUCAAACAGAUGAUGCCUUGUGAAGAUCAUAAUGAAAUAUGCCAAAUUGUACCGUGUGCUAGGGCCCUCAGGUACAGUUCACAUUAAAUUGUCACCUCAGGUGUGGUAAGCUUUCUGUGAUUAUUGUGCUCAUCUAUGGUGUUACCCUUGUUAGCUUUGCUGUCAUUUUUUAAAAAAGUGUUUGAAACAAACACAGCAAAAUGGUCAGUGCUGCUGCUAUCAUUAUAUUGCUAAUUAAUUAUGUUUUGCACCAGGUGUAAUGAGAAAAAAACCACCACCAGGUGCUUGUUUAGAUGGGAGCUCAGGGAUUAUACAGGUGGAAAGAGGUGCUUAUAUUUUUGUCCAGGACACCUUAUAUUGAAUUCAUGGUGUGGAACAGACCGUCUUGCCAGAGUGGUGCAUCCUCUAUAGUUAUCUUCUGCUUGGACUACUGCAAUGCGUUCUACGUGGGGCUACCUUUGAAGGUGACUCGGAAACUGCAAUUAAUCCAGAAUGCGGCAGCUAGACUGGUGACUGGGAGUGGCUGCUGAGACCAUAUAACACGGGUCCUGAAAGACCUACAUCGGCUCCCAGUACACAAUUCAAAGUGUUGGUGCUGACCUUUAAAGCCUUCAGUGGCCUCGACCCAGAAUACCUGAAGGAGCGUCUCCACCCCCAUCAUCCAGCCUGGAUACUGAGGUCCAGCACCGAGGGCCUUCUGGCGGUUCCCUCCCUAUGAGAAGUGAAGUUGCAGGGAACCAGGCAGAGGGCCUUCUCAGUAGUGGCGCCUGCCCUGUGGAACGCCCUCCCAGCAGAUGUCAAGGCAAUAAACAACUAUUUUACUUUUAAAAGACAACGAAGGCGGCCCUGUUCAGGGAAGUUUUUAAUGUCUGAUGCUGUAUUGUUUUUAAUAUUCGGUUGGAAGCCACCCAGAGUGGUUGGGGAAACUCAGCCAGAUGGGCGGGGUAUAAAUAAUAAAUUAUUAUUGUAUAGUUGAUACCUAUUGGAAAAAUUCCCCCUCCCCCAAACUGUAUUGUCUAUUUGAUUUGUUCACCUAUGUAUUUAUAAGCUGUUAUUUCCUAUAAUAAAACAUGGAUGCCUACGGAGAUGCGAAAGGAAAAGGGAAAACCUACAAAUUCAGUACUGCUAUGCAUUUCCUUUAAAGUUAAAUAGAAUAGUUAGAAUUAAUGGAGUCCAGGAGACAUUAUUUUGGAGAAAGAGGAUGUCACUGUGGCUCCUGGAGAUGAGUUUGUGGUUGCUUUCUGCCUCUGUUCCCAUUGCUGUGAAUUAAGCCAUGGUUGGCUUAGCAUGUUGUCCAAUCCCAGGCUCGUAGUUUCUCUUGCUUUAGACAAACCAUAAGCUGUAACCAAACUUUGUUCUUGGCUUACAGUUUGUGCUUUGCCUGGAAGAGACAAACUACAAGGCUGGGUUGGGAUGACACCCUAAUUGAAACCAUGGCCUAGUACGAAGCAAGGUAGCAGCAGAAGGGCUGAGGCACCAACUUCGGCCCCCACUGUGGGUGCCCAACGUUGGCAUGCACUGUGCCAUGCCCUAGUGAAGUUGUGACAUGGCAUGAUGUCAUCAUGUCAUGUUGUGAUGCCACUGCCGUGUAGCACUCUCCGGUGCUGUAGCAGCAACUGAACCAGAGCGAAUCUCAACUAAAACAUCUGUAACAUUCAUGACUUGCUUUGAUACAACAUCAUUCUAGCCUCCCUGGAAUUAGAUCUUGAAUACAAUAUCACAAGCACAUGGAAUCAGAGAUAGGAAUAGUGGGUGUGAACGGUGAGUGUUGAGGCCAAAGACUUAUUCCUAAUGGUUUCAGUGUGAUCUUGUCUCAUAUUAAGCCACAGUUCUCUUUAUUUAUUUGUUUACUAUUUUAUGUUAUAGUCUUCUUUGGUCAUGAUGGUGGGUCAAAAAAAGUAAGAGUUAAAAUAAGUAGCAAUGUACAAUUAAAAUCAUAGUAUAAAAACCAGAAAAAAUAACCAAUAUUGGUAUAACAAAAUGACAGCACAGAACUGUAGGACCACACUGGAGGAGGAGGCAGAGGAGGAAGGAAGAUGUCCCCUCAGUCCAAGGCCUGAGGUGCCCCUUGACCAAAGAGGUACAACUUGACCAAUAAUCAAAAAGCAUAACUGAUGGAACAAGACAGACCUCAUAGGGGAGGUCAUUUCACAACCUGGGGGACACCACGGAGAAGACCCUGUCACAUGCUACCACCUCUUGAACCAUGGAGGGUGGCAUCUCAGCCAACCAGGCCUCUGCUGCUGAUCUUAACAUCUGGGCAGAUUGAUGUAGGAUGACACACUUCUUCAAAUAUUUGGGGCCCAAGUUGUUUAGAGCAUUGGCAUGUGACACAGGGAAUUAUGGCUCAAUGUGGGUUAACAAUUGAGGAAAAUAAACCAGGAUUAGUUAUUCACUAUUAUAUUAUAUAAGAGCAGGUACCUUAAUUUCCUUAUUUUCUUCUUCCUUUGUCCUUCCUCAUCCAUUCUCCUUUGACAUUAUAAAUAUAUUAUAUAAAUAUAUUACACUCUAAUUGAUUUUUUUAAAAAAAAAUGGCACAUAGUCUAAUAGUCAUAAUGCCAAAGGAUGAGGAAGAAGAAAAUAAGGAAAUUAAGGUACCUGCUCUUAUAUAAUGAUAUAGAAUGAAAUUAUAAAAUAGCCACUGAUGAACUUAGUUUGGGGAGAGGAGAGGUGACUAAUUGCAUUUGGUCCCAUCCAAGCCAGUGGUAUGAGCCUCACUCUUGUUAUCUGUGAUAAGACAGGACACAAAGUCCUGCUAAACAUUUGAACCAGCUGAAAUAUAUAUAUAAACAAGUUUUUGCUUGAAGGCCACAGUAAGUGAAUAUACAUGUAGCAGGAAAGGGAAUUACAGAAAUGAUAGCUGGUGGCUAAUUUAAAAAUCUGAUUUGGGUUAUUUACUGUUAGUAAAAGUGCAAUUUUACAUUCCAUUUGAAACGGGCAAUUAGCAUAUUCAUUUAAUUAAAAAAAUAGUUGCCAUGGAAGCAAUAGUAUCACAUCCUCCUUCCAAAGAAAAGUAAAAUUAUCGCAUUGCCUCUCUAAAAUACCAAAUUCUUAUAGAAAAUCCAGGAAUCUCAAGGCUGUUGUUGUCAUCAUUUUCAUUAUCAUUCUGCAAAUUUUUUUAUCUGCCUUUUGACUUCCAAAAGGCCCCCCAAUGUGGCAUCCAGAUUAAAAAAACCGCAACAAAACAAUAAAAAAUGAGAUAAAAAACAAACACAGUACAUCAAUUAUAUGAUUUAAACUAUAUGUGCACCUUCUGGUUAGGAUCCCCAAACAAUGACUCAGUUUCUCCCCCUCGUAAGUGAAAUACCUCUGAGCAUCUACAGAAUGCUCUUCCUUAGUAAAUGGAAUGUGCCAUGAAGUGGCUUUGGUCCUCUGCUUCAAUUUCAGCAUGUAAUCUAAGGGCCAAGGUAGUUUUAAAAAACUCUUAAAAUCAGCUAGGGAAGCCGAAUGCUGAACACCUCACCCACUAAAAUUACCCCACCCCCUGCUGCAAGCUGUUAUUAGCCCUUCUGGAGAGAAAAAGAUCGCAGAGGGUUGAACUAGGUGAUCCUUGGUGUUCCUUGCAACUCUCUAUUCUAUGAUUCUGUGAUUGAAGGAGAAUAUUUCAGCUGGGAAAUAACACUGGGGGUGAGGAUUAAACACUCCCUGUUCCAAUGCUUGUUCUCCAUUGCUGAUUAUAAGUUAAAAACAGCUGGGAACAUUGUCCUAAUGUUGUCCUGGUUUAGACAAUACCAUACCCUCCAACAUUUCUCAGAUGAAAUUCUCAGAUGUCUCAUUCCAUAACGAUAAUUUCACUAUUUAUACCCCACAUAUCUUAUUGGGUUGCCCCAGCCACUCUGGGCAGCUUCCAACAUACAGUGGUACCUCGGGUUACAUAUGCUCCAGGUUACAUACACUUCAGGUUACAGAUGCCGCUAACCCAGAAAUAGUGCUUCAGGUUAAUAAUCGUGCUCUGGCAGCGUGGCGGCAGCAGGAAGCCCCAUUAGCUAAAGUGGUGCUUCAGGUUAAGAACAGUUUCAGGUUAAGAACAGACCUCCGGAACGAAUUAAGUACUUAACCCGAGGUACCACUGUAUAUAAAAACACAAAACAUUAAACGUUAAAAAAACCUUCCUUAUACAGUGGUACCUUGGGUUACAGAUGCUUCGGGUUACAGACUCCACUAACCCAGAAAUAGUACCUCGGGUUAAGAACUUUGCUUCAGGAUGAGAAGAGAAAUUGCACAGUGGCAGCGCGGCGGCAGCAGGAGGCCCCAUUAGCUAAAGUGGUGCUUCAGGUUAAGAACAGUUUCAGGUUAAGAACGGACUUUCAGAACGAAUUAAGUUCUUAACCCAAGGUACCACUGUACAGGAUUGCCUUCAGAUGGCUUGGAGGCUGGAUAACUCCAUACUCUCCAACAUUUCUCCCAUGAAAGUAGGGACAUCCUAAGGAAAAGCAGGACAUUCUGGGAUUAAAUCAGAAACCGGGAUGUCUUCUCUAAAUCAGGGGUGUCCCUGGAAAACAGGGACACUUGGAGGGUCUGCAAUACACAUGCUACAUAUGCUUGUGAGACUGAAUGAUCUGUAAUCACAAUAUUAUGUUGCCUAUGCAAUAUAUUAUACAGUUAUUUAUCUGGACUAUGAAAACUGAAUCCAAAGGGCACUUUCUGCUCUCUACCUAGAUCUGCCUUCCUGUAACUCACUGCUUCCUGUUCUAUUGUCAGUGGAAGGGAUGAGCUACUAUAUUACAUCCUUCCAUACUCAUUCUACUAUUUGUAAAAUGAUCACCAUUUCUCUCUUCCAGUGCUUCAGUCUAAUUACGGGUGAUUCCAUUGGCUGCCUCUCCUACGGUUUUCCUGCUAGAUCUUGUAUCAUCCUUGCAGGUGUCCUGAGAACCUUGUAUGGCUUGUCAAAAUCCACUGCCACAUACUUGGGGGGGGGGUGUCCUUGUGUUCAGAAAUAACACCGUCUUUUCCCACCAAUUGUAACAUGAAGAAGAAUCCCAGGCGGAGAGGCUUCUGUUAUAUAUAGAGUGUGAACUGCUAAGACCUGAGCAUUCCAUAGUGACUUCCUUCCUGCAUCUUUGAUAUCCUCUUUAAUGGGGCAACCUGAGGACAAGACUUGGAACUGGCAGGGCUUGAUCUUGGAUGCAAGCUGCCAAAUGUGUUCACAGACCAGUUUAGAGCCACCCACUGCUGUUUCUGGCAGAGGACUCUGAAUUCUACCUUGCUCCCCACUUCCCUGUCCUGCUGCUUCUGCAAUGAUUACAAUUUUAUCGACCAAUAAAAUGACAGUUAAGGAGUUACAGACUUCCAAAGGGGCAGUAACAGAGCUAUGGGCACCAGGCACCCAGCUGAUGCUCACCAGGCCUUGCAGUGCACCAAGAUUAAUUGAGCUCAUGUACCUUCCAUGAGCUAGUCAGCCCCAUUCCCAGGUGUGUGCAAAACGGUUGCAUCUCUAAAAUAACCACAUGGAUUUUGUGAUCAUGCAGGAAUUUAUCUGAACAUUAAAGUUGUUUCUUGUCUUUCAAUCCUAUGCAGUGGUAUCUCGGGUUACAUACACUUCAGGUUACAGACGCUUCAGGUUACAGACUCCACUAACCCAGAAAUAGUACCUCGGGUUAAGAACUUUGCUUCAGGAUGAGAACAGAAAUUGUGCUCUGGCGGCGCAGCAGCAGCAGCAGCAGGAGGCCCCAUUAGCUAAAGUGGUGCUUCAGGUUAAGAACAGUUUCAAGUUAAGAAUGUACCUCCAGAAUGAAUUAAGUACUUAACCCGAGGUACCACUGUACAUAUUUCUGUUAAGCAGAGCAUUAGUUUGUUUUCUUUCCCUUUGGGCACUCCCUGCAAAGUUGGGUUGUUUUAUUUGAUAUUACUGUCAAAUUCUUCCACUCUAAUACUUAUUAAUGGCCAGGUCUAACUUCUUUAUCACCCACUAUACCCACCUGUUUAUUUUGUGUUUCUAUCUUAUUCUGUUAUAUUCAUUCUCUCGCUUGCUCUUUGAUCAGAAAUUCCUUUUUGUUGAUAACAUUUUGCUAGAUUCCUGUGUUUUUUCAAAUGUGUCGUACUUCUAAAACAUAGUGUCUUCUGUUCCCUGACCCCCAACACCUAUCCCACAGUUAAAUGUGCAGUGAUCCUUGCUGCACAUGCCUGCAAGUGGCCUGUAUCUGAAACCUUUCUGAAACAAUACACCAGGGGACAUAAGAACAACCACCCAGUAGCUCCUUCUAUGCCCCCACUUACCCAAAUUGCAUUGAGAUAAUAAGGCAGUAAAUGUCCAGUCGCUGACAAAUCCAGCAUGGAUCAGUAAUGGUCCAUUGUUAGGGAGCAUUCAGGGCUGUGUCAGUGCAGUUUGCCUCUGAAUACCAGUUGCUGGAAACUGUGAGAGGGGUUUGGGGCUUCCUAUAGGCAUCUGGUUGGCCCCUGUGAAAACUAGACUUUAAGCCUGAUCCAUCAGGGUUCUUCUCAUGUAAUCUGCUAAUCCCUUGACUGGCAGGAGAGAAAGGCAUAUCUGCCUCAGAAUAGUGCCCCUCUUAGUGUGUUACACAUUAUACCAGUUACCUGGUUUCAUCUUCUUUGCCAGUAUCAUUGACAGGAGCGAGCCAGCAGUAAAUUACACUGAGUAAAUUGGAGUUAAUUCUUGAUUAGCAAAAAUGGGAUCUGCACAGGAGUGUCAUGUCUAUUGAGCACAGCAACUCAUCUCUAGCAGGUCUUGUUGUAAAGACUGAAGGUCCCUGCCCCUCCACAGCUGCCUAAAUCCUGUCCUCCCCUGGGUUUCCCCCAAGUAAUCUGAGACUAUGCCUGUGUGAAGCUAACUACUCUGCCCUCUUCAUGCCUCUCCUGGUUCUGGGAGACCAGGAGAGAGGGGAGCUUGUUGCAGCAGCAGCAGGAGACACCUGUGCCUCUUCACCAGCUGGACUCCUCUCUGCCUCUUGGCCUCCCCACUCUCCUGCUUCUGGACUUCUCUUUGCCACAGACUCUUCCAGCAAACCCAGUUUACCUCUUCAGCUUCUGAUACCUCCUCCCAGUCUUCUCCCUCUGACCACUCAGCAUCGUCCCCCCUCCCCCAUGUCUUGGAGCCUUCUUCCCUUGGGGCUUCCUCACCUGGUUUCUGUUAUGUAUCUCACCCUGGGCCAGCAGGGGGAUACUGUAGAUAGUUUUCACUCAGGUCCACAUAUGCCAAUAAGGAAUUGAAAGUGACGUUCAGUGAUUGGAUAGUUACAGAAAGUUGUUACAGUUGCGUUGUAGUGGAGCUCUAUAUAAGCAGGCUGGCUGAACCCUUCAGUUCAGUUCUGUUCUGGGUCUGUGAAUAAGCAAGAGCUGUUUGAAGAAUCGCUGUGUCGUCUGAUAUGUUCACCCACAACUUAACAGUUUCUCUCACCAUUCUCCUGUGCCCAACCAGUCCAUGACAAUCAUUAAGCAGCACAACUUGAAACCUUUCAAGCCAACUGCAGCUUGGCUGUGUAAAUAACUGAUCUGAUUUUGCUGUUUAUCUGGGACUGUAAAUACAGAAUGUGUGUGUGUGUGUGUGUGUGUGUGUGUGUCAGGCACCUACAGAAGAUAAUAUGUGGCUAGUAUGCUGUGUUUGGCUUGCUGGGACACAAGUCAUUCAGACUUGCUUUAAUUUCCAAUCCCCAAAUGUACAGGGGUUUUAUUUAUCUCUUGGUAUUUCAACACACGCCAUCUUUAGAAUGUAAAUUAGGACUUUCUUCUAUUGCCAAUUUUUUUGACAGGCCAUUUGUUUGAUUUCCCUGUUUUGCAAUUAUUAGAGAACCAAGGGGGAAACCGAGAGAGUGCGUGAGAGAGAGCACACUGUGAUUUUUAAAUUCACCGUGCUCGUGUUGGAUGCUUUUCUGCACGACCUGCUUGUGCUGACUCUUAGUGGUGUGUAAUUUGUAAUUCCAGGCCAUGUUUUCCCCCAAGAUUCCAUGGAUUUAUGUUUUAGCCACAUCAUAACGGAAAAUUUGCCAAGACAAACCGCUAGCUGUCAUUGAAGAUUUACAAAAGAAUAUUUUUUAAAAGUUAAUCUUGAAGCAGCAUCUUGGGAAAAGUUGCAAAGUGCUUUCAUGCCUCAGAGAUGAUGGUUCAUGUGUCAGAUGAGCUAAAAAAAAUGAUUCUUAUUCUUGAAAGAAGUUAAAAGUUAUUAAAGUUAUUAUUAUAGCUGAUCAUGUUUGCCAAGCCUGUUUUAGGAUUGUAGAACAGAGAUAGCAGACAUAUUUCUGCAAGUGUCUGAAUUGUUAAGAGUUGCUUUGGUCAUCUUUGGCAUUCUGUUGAAUGAUUUCCCUUUGGAAGGAUUUCCACAGUGUGCGUAACAGAAAUAAAUACUUAUUCAUUCCUUUGGAAAAAAAGAAAUUAUUAUUAUUAUUAUAUUGAUUAAAUUUUUACUUGCUUUAAGGUGCCCAAGGCAGUCCAAAGCAACUUACAACCAAAUAUAAGUGCCUGUGUAUUAUAUAUUUACCUAGUCAGAUAGGUUUUCAUUGGAGAACAUUUGGCAAGUUGUGAUAACCAAUCUGGUUUUAGUCUGUUAUUUUUAUUCUGUGUAUUUUAGCUUUUAAUGUGUUGUCAUGACUUUCAUGUGUGCGGCCUCGGGCACUUUUAAUAAAUAUUUGGUAUCGAAUAGGCCACAAGAAAGGUGACAAGUGAGCCUCUUUGAGAAGAGUAUUCCACAGCUGGGGUGCCACCACUGAGGAGGCCCUUUCCAUUGUAGUUAUUGUAACAGAACACUUCUCAAACAAUAGUAUGUUUUGCAUUUAUCCAGGACAGCUUGUAACUUUCAGCCGGCGCCUGGUGGUAUAGCUCAAAGCUAAGGGGUGCUUCCUCAAAGUAGCAGCUUUGUGUUCAGCAAGACAUUCUCCCUGUUUCAUAUUCCUGCCUUAGGCUGUAACUGGCUUGGAUCCAUCCCAUUCAUGCUGGUGUCAUUGGUCCAUCUAACUCAGUAUUUUCUACACUGACUGGCAGUGGUUGGCCAGUAUUUCAGGUUACAGAUUCCACUAACCCAGAAAUUGUACAUCGGGUUAAGAACUUUGCUUCAGGAUGAGAACAGAAAUCGCGUGGUGGCGACAGGGCGGCAGCAGGAGGCCCCAUUAGCUAAAGUGGUACCUCAGGUUAAGAACAGUUUCAGGUUAAGAACAGACCCCCAGAAUGAAUUAAGUUCUUAACCCGAGGUACCACUGUACUGAAGAUUAACCUCAGACUUCCUGCAUGAAAAGCGGAUUUUCUACCAUACAGAGAGCUACAGCAUUCCUGUCAAUCACUGUUCUCAUGUGAAGUCAGGACCAGAAACCAGGCCAAGACCUAGAGAUGAUUUUGCAUCAUCAAGGCAAAGUCCUAGGUGCAAAAGGAGGCAUUUACAUCCCUUCCUGUUGAGGAGAGAUAGUGCCCAGUCUUGAAUGGGAGUGACACUAACCAUCCUUCAUUUUCUAGGAGUAUGCUCCAACCUGUAGACCUGAUGGCUCAUCAUCCUACAAGGCCAGUUGUGCAGAGAGCCAAGGGUUCCUGAAGCCAGUGCUUUUUUCUGGGAGUACACAUACCCCUAAAUAUUUUGUGAAUCUAAGUUUGAACUCAUUGAGGGGCAGUAUUUCAAAUAUGAGUAGGAGAAUGAGAGUACAUUCAUACCUCAUGUUACGUUUGCUUCAUGUUACGUUUUUUCAGGUUGCAUCCCGCAGUGACCUGGAAGUACCGGAAAGGGUUACUUCUGGGUUUUGCUGCUUGCGCAUGCGCAGUAGUGCUAAAUCGCGCUUUGCGCAUGCACACAAGCACCAAAUCACGCUGCGUACAUGCGCAUAUACGGUGCUUCAUGUUGUGAACGGGCCUCUGGAACAGAUCCCGUUCGCAACCGGAGGUGUCACUGUACCCCUUUAAAGAAAAAAAGCACUGCCUGUAGCCCCUGUAGCGCCUCACAAGAGGAACCACAGCUGCCUGUAUUUUAAAAGUCUAGGUUGUGAGGUGAUAACUCCAAUUUACUGCUUCUCAGUGACUCAGUGCUUAAGCCUUUAGAGUAGUUAUUCCCCACUAAAUUUUGUGGAAAAUGAUUUGCUGGUUACUAGUGACAAUUAAGGGAAGUUGCUUAAAGUAAUGCAUGCCAUUGGCUAUUUCCUUUCUAUUCUUCAUUGGCGGAGCUUAAUUAAAUGGACUUGCAUUGAUCCAAAUCAGCACAGGAGCUGAUUGAAAGUAAUCCAGUUACUUUAUAUAGAACAUUUAGAUGACAACUUCCAGGGCAGAACCUUCCCAGGGCGGACUGUGUCAGAAACUUAAUGCAUAAUGCAUCAUAUAUCAGCAAAGGCAGUGUCUCAAAGAAAAACAUUAAAGCAUGAACUUUUUGCGCCAGUAACACCAACAGUCAACAAACUGGGGAGGUUUUCGAGAAAGUUAUGAGAGUGGAAAAGGUCAGGGAGAUAAAUCAUAUGUGGGCAAAUGGAAAUAGCAAGGUAUUUUAGAAAAGCCAGUUAAGGCUGCAGUUCUGAGCACUCACACUGAGAACUCGUUGGAAAGUCGACGUGUUUAGAUCAGGCUGCAAGAUGAUUAUAAUACUCAAACACAAAAUAUAAUGUUCUAAAAGGGAGCAAUUGUUCUCUUGAUCUACUGAGAGAAGCAGCAAUAGCAAUGCUGUCUGGGCUAUAAGAUGACAAUUUAAACUGAGCUGCUCACCGGAACAAACAACUGAGAGGGCGUAUGGAAUUUCCUUCCCAAGAAAAGAUGGAGCAGACAUCUGCCAGGAAUGGUUCACGUUUACAACGUGGCACCUUAGGAAACGGCUGUGGUCCCAUCUACGUUUUACAUUUAGUUUCAAAAGGGAAGGCCUUGAUUUGAACUGGGUCUCAGGCAGUAGUAAGGGAGAAGGAGAAUGCUAGGGAGUUCAGCGUGGAACUUUUUCCAUAGCAGGAGUGAUGAUGUCAACAAUGAGAGCAGCAGGUUAUUUGAUGGAGCCUUCUUGCUUUGGAAAACGAAUGAGUUGACGGCGAGGCUUUCAAGUUUGUUUUCAACAGAUCAGCAUAGAGGAAGGCCAUAGGGUGAAGCUGGUUAUUUAUUCCCUUUUCUUUAAUGCAGUUUAAAUGGUUGUACUUCUUUGCAAGUUGUUUUUGUUUCCGAUUGAAUGCCUCAAAGCAGUGGUUCCCAAUUGGUGGUCUGUGAACCCCAGUUGUUCUAUAUAACCCACCCAGGGUGUCUGUUGCACCAUUCACAUAACAAAAACUAUUGUAGAGAUAUCAAAAUUUUCAAAAAUAGUGGGUUAAUGGCUUGGCUUUUGAAAAACAGGGGGGCUGCUGUCACGGUUGCCAUAGCUUCCAGAAAAUUUUCAAAAAUUGGCAAUUUUGAGUUUCAUUUCCCCCAAAAUCUCAAGAACUUUUGAAUUUUACUUCUAGAAAUAUGGCAAUCCUACUGUUGUACUUAGCUAAUUGGAAACCACUGCCUUACAUAUUGCAUGUCAGCUGACUGAAUAUCUUUUUUUUUUUAAGUUCAGUGUGCUGCCAGAAGUCAGCUCUACUGAGUUUGGUGGAGUUUACUCCAAAGAAACUAUGCAUAGAAUUGCAGUCCUAAUGGUCCUGAUAAAUUGGAUAUUAUGCUAUUUAUUGGUGCUCGUGUUCUCUAUCUACCUCUAUCCAUUCAGCAGCCUGCAUUUUGGGACUUUCCCUGAGGGACAUGCCUAUAGACCAUAGCUAUCAACUUUCAGAUUUGAAAAUAAGGGAUCAGUAGCCUCAAAAAUAAGGGAUCAGCAGCCUCACCUGUCCCAGGGACAGUCUACAGGAUAUCUAAUAAUCCGAGAUAGCAAUGGGAAGCAGCGGGAAACGGCGCUGGAAUAAGGGAAUUUCCUGCAAAAAAAGGGAAGGUUAACAGCUAUGAUGUAGACAUUUAUUGGGACUGUGGCUGCAGCUGGAGCCAUUAUGAAAAUUUACUACUAUACCACAGAGUGCAGAGGAAUUUGUGAAGAGUGCUUCUGAGCAUGUACAGGUUACAUAUAGCUCAUUACUAAGUAGCUGCAACCAUCUUCCCCCUCCAGGCAGAAACAUGGCAUUUGCCUUUUUCAGAGACAGACCACGGUGUAGAACUUUUGGGGCCUCUUCUCAUAUAUGUACAGUAUAUAGGAUAACCAAGAAUAAUUGGAGUGACUAACUGGGGAUUAGAUUAAUUUUUGUGGAGUUGAUGGACUUUUCUUUCCAUUUUCAUUUUCUUGAGUCAUCAGCAAGUAUGGCCAGGGCCCACGCUUCUAAAAUGACUCAGGGCUUUGUUUACCGCUGUACCACUCAUCUCUUUAGGUAACAGGCUACGUAGAAACGUAAAGAAAUUCAUGAAGGGUGUUUCCGAGAAUAUAUGGGUUACACUUUGUUCAUGACUAAGCUGCUAUCAUCUUCCCCCUCUGGGCACCUAGGUCAGAAUGUGCGCUUUCCACACACUUUUGAACACUGGCACUUGCCUUUUUAGAAACAGACCCAAAGUGUAAGACUUUCAUUUUUUUUUUUUUUAAUGUAAUAUUUAUUGGUUUUACAAAAAUUCCAAAACAUACAAAAAUACAGGAUUUUAAAGACAAAAAACAACAAUAACAGUGACAAAAGGAAAACAAAAAAUAACAGUAACCAUAAAAGAGAAAAACAAAAGAGAAAAAGAAAAAGAAACAGAAAAAUUUAAAAAUUUAUACUUUCAUUUAACCUUCUUAUCUUUCCUUGGUUUUUUGACUUCCCCGCACCUCCCCACUUGUAUUUCCUUUUAAAAACUCCUUUCAGCACAUCCUUACCCUCCUUCCUUUAUCUUAACUCAAGAAACUUAAUCUAUUUAUAUAUAGAUAUUUUUACAACCUUAUCAAUCAAAUAUUCCAUGCUCUUAAACGCGAGGUUUUUGCCAAUACCAAUUAUUUUCAAUCAGACCUCAAUUUAACAUUCAUUAAUUUUAUAGUAUUUCUGUAAAUAGUCUUUAAAUUUCUUCCAAUCUUCCCAAAGUGUAAGACUUUCAAGGCUUCUUUAUCCAUCUGCAAGAUAACCAGCAAUAAUUGGGGUGACAUACUGUGGAUUUGAUUCAUAUAGUUUUUUUUGGAACUGACAGAUCUUUCAUUGCACUGUCUGCAAAUAUGAUCGGAGUCCCACGCUGCAAGAGUGACUCAGACUUUUGCUUCAGUGAAAUUAAUGUCACUGGUUUUAAUUGAAAUUAUUGAUCCAUUAGGAUGUUUACACCAUUUACUUCCUGGUGCCUAAACUGCAGAGGAUUAAAUAAUUGGACUCCUCAUUUGUUUGAUGUCAACGAAGAAAACGUUGGUUCCAGUGAACUUACUGAUUUAGUUUGGAGCGUGGCGAGGGAAGGAACCCUUUUCCAUCUGAGAGCUGCAUUCCUUCCAGGGCUGCAUGCUGGCAGGGGAAAAGUCCAGAAGCAAAAGUGGGAAGAUGAGACUCUUAACCUUGAUACAGUAGGCUACAUUCCAGCUGUGCAAAAGUCAGAUAUACAGACACAUGCACACACCUCUCUCCUCCAUCAAGGCAAGCAAAGGGUAUUUUUUGCUCAAAGAAUAGCACUGGAUGGGGUCAUGGAGCAGGGCCAGUGAGGGGUGUGGCCUGGAGAAAGUGGGUGUGGCCCAGUGUGGGGGAGGGGCAUAGCCUAAGGAGAGCCCUGAGCAUCAGACGGAGAUUCCUGGACAAUUGCAUUUGGUCCCCAAGACGUCGGUUCCCUAUCCCUGGUUAAGAGUAUGCUUUCCAAUUUCUUCUUUUCUUCAAGUAUAUGUAUGUAUACGAUAAACUCAAUUUAAUAAUAUUGAAUGGCGUAGCUUAUUAUAGCAGCAAGGGGGUUCUGAUCACGGGGCACAUCUGUUAAGGCCUUGGUCUUAGCUUCUAAUUUUCUGGCUUUGUGGAGCUCGAGUGAACAUCAGACAGCUCUAACUCUGAACUUAAACCAGCAGAGGGUUGUUGGUUUUUUUAAAAUCAUUAAAUAGCAUGAUUGGCCCAUUAAAUGAGCAAGGCUUUUUUUUUUAAGCAAACAAGCCUGAUAAAAGAUUCAUCACAUCCUUCUGACCACCUCGACUCUUCUCCCCACAACCAAACAACCUUCAAAACACUCCUAGUAUUCCUGAGCCUGCUACUGCAAGUCUUGAUUGAUUACCAAGAGGUCAGAAAUCGAGAGAUGUGUGUGCACAACUGGACCAGUCCCUAAGCAAAAAGUACCAUGAAGGUAUCACCCUGUGGCAAUAAGCAGAAGGCAUGUUCCAUCUGUUUUGUACGUCAUUCUCUUAUGGCUCAUUUCAUCACCAUCACCAUCGUUAUUAAAAGUGGAGGAAAGAAGGCAGCAUACCACAGAAGAUGGAGGUGAGCAAAGUGUUAAUGAGUGCAUUGUACAAGCUACGUCAACAUUAGCAACAGACGACAGCUCUUCCCCCUCCUCUGCGUCUUCCUAAUUAAAUGCAGUAAGUAGGAUAGAGAGAACCUUAAAAUGCCACAGCCUUCUUCCUAAUUGCUAAGUCCUCAUAGUCCCCCAAGUUCCAAAGUCUGUAUGGCCACGAGUUAGUCACUGGAUGUGGGCAGGCAGCCCAAGUUAUUAAUGAACUGACUCAUUUAUUUAUUUUUAAGCAAUAUCUGAUCUGUGCUCCAGUCAGGUAGCAGGGACUGAGCUGAAUCGAUAGUAUUUUCUAUGUCUUUGUCAUUAUAGACUGUUACUGUACUGUGAACAUUACUCAUAUAAUUUAUAUCCGGAACCAGCUUCACGUUGAAGCAGAAUGGAUAUUAGUGUGGGCACUCAAGGUGGACUUUCAGCACUAGGGACAAGUGUAGGAGGAAUACCAGAUUACGAUUUUGGAUAUAGUUCUUCCUCACGGAAUAAAUUUGAGUGUUCUGGAGGAUCAGCCCCAGUUAGACAGAAGAGGCAGUGGUUGGUUUGGUGGGAAUAUCUGUAAUUCAGUGGUAGAGUAUCUGCUUUGUCUACAGAAGGCCCCAGGUUCAAGUCCAGACAUCUCCAGGUAAUGCUGGAAAUAUCCCCUGACCAAAAGUCUGGAGAAACUGAUGCCAAUCCUGGGCUAGAUGGACCAGUGAUCUGACUCAGAAGUUUCCUGUGUUUCUCACACCGAAAAUCCAUUUUGGGGUUGCCACUUGGGGAGUUGCCACUCUGAGAUCUUAUUUAUGGCCCCCAGCAUGGUUGAAUGCUUGGUGAGAGAGUGUGGAAGGAAAGCUGUUGGUCACCUUGUGGGGUGAGAGCCCACAACAAUGGUGGUCAUAAGGCUCUUCCUGGUGAGAGCUGGGGUGGGAAUGUCUGCACUACCCCAGGUAGGAGAUGGAGUGGCCUCCUUGGAAGGAUGAGUCUCAGAACCAAACCAAAUAUUGAGUAUGCUACUAUUCUAUUUAUGUACCUGUUGUCUUUGUCCAUGGAGUUUUCUUGGCAGGGAUACUGGAGUGGCUUGCCGGUUCGUGAUCCACCUGGAGUCGGACACAACUAAACAACAACAACAACUAUUCUAUUUAGAAUCAUAGAAUUCUAGAGUUGGAAGGGACCUUGAGGCUCCUUCAUCCUCCAUAGGUUCUGAAAGCAUAGUCACUGGGUCCCCUGCCUUGUCAGGCCCAGGUGCAUCUGGGGGCAGGGAGGUUUCAUCAAGCAGGCUCUGUGACCUCGUCUCAUCCCUGUCCAUUUUUGAGUCCUCAUCAUUAGGUGCCUCCUGCUCCUCUGCUGAAUCACAGGGUUCCGAGGGAUUCAUAUGACAGCUGGAUGGGGAGACUUAAUGGGCCAGAACUGUCCUGGGGGCAGCAGUUUGUCACCUCUGCUUUAUGGGUGGCAUCAGAGCUCCCACGUUUAUGCAUGGUGUGGUAAGAUUCAUGGCUGCUUAACACCGUAUUUGCCGUAUGUUCCAAAUCCAUGAGCAGUCAGGCACUGUCUGGACGAAGAGGAGUGGUGGGAGACACAUGCCAGUGCAUUGGUGGUGGGACACCAAGGAGAGGUCAGAGGGAGACGAUUAGGAGGAAGUGCUGGAUGCUGAUGGGGCAGCAGGAUUUAGUGAGCAAGAGGACCCUGUGAAAGGGAACAGUACAGACUAUAAGGCUGAAGCAGAGGAGGAAGGGUCAAGAAUCCAGGGAGUCUUUCUCUCUGGCUGUGACAAACUCCCUUUCCCCCUGGUUUUCAAGAACUCAGAGAGUAAUGAGAAGAGCAGAACUGAGGUCAGAGGUGUGCAGUCACAGUUUGAGACUGCUUCAGGAACAUCUGGGAGGGGAAGAGCCUUAGAGAGGGUGGAAGGCAGAGAUCUUCAGUCCUGGCAACUGCUCCACGGGGUCAGGACUUAUUGGGAAGUGUUGCUGAAUCAAUUAGACUGAGUUGUAUGUUUGCUUCCUUGAAUAAAGUGUUAAGUUCCCUGACAACAGAUCUUCUUCCUUUAUUGCUGACCUGCAUCUGACUCCAACCCUGACAUGAGCCCGCAGGAGGUGAAAAAACCCCUCACCUCAUUUUGCACUUCACACAUUAUGGCACAUCUAUAUUUUCCUGCAAGGAGACUCUCUCCCUUUCUCUGUCUCUCUGUAUCUCAUUAUCUCCCUGUAGUAAAAUGAAAUGUGUGGUUAGUUCUGCAACUGGUGAAUGUCCCUUUUUAAAUAAGAACCGUGCGUUUGUAGCAGCAGGAGGGUGAUAACAGUGUCAUGGACAAAUAACAGUUUCAUGCUUAAUAAAUUUGAGGCAUAUUUUAGGAUGCAGACAUAGAAGCCUUACUUCUUCAUACUACUCAUUGGUUUAACCAUUUUAAUUAAAAAGACAGUUUGCAUGUAAACUGUGCUGCAGAGGUGGAACGAGUCUGCUUGCCACAGCCAUCUGUUUGCUCCCUUUGAAAAUGGGAUGCUGGACAAGGCAAGCCACCGUCAUGAUCCAGCAGGUCUCUUACAUUCUUACGCCUUGCAUCUUGUGGCAGUGGUGAGCUUCCAUUUUAUCAAGCAUGCCACAAGUAAAGAUCGUGUCAUCCUUUAAAAACAUAGAUAAAUAGUUCACUUUUUUAAAAAAAAGUAUUUAUGGUUUAUUUGUUUGGUAUGGGUGAUACUCCAAGUAGACAGACUACUGAAAUCAACUGGUCUACUUUCUAAAUCAAUAGGUCUACUUUUGAGUAUGACUAAAAUUGACUAUCGCCCUACAUAAGGCCAAAAAGGAGAGAGAAGGGCCUAGAUAGAGGAAAAAACCAAGUUCUCAGAGUGCCAAAAUGUUUUAUUAUCUCCACAUCAUUUCAGAAUCAAGAAAUUCUUUCGAUAGCAGCAACAUUUCUCAAGAUCAACCAGGACACAUAAAAUUCUGUAGCACUUCUGAUAAGAAGUGUCGCCCCACUGAAGGAAUUUCUUAAGUCUGAAACAUGUUAGGCAUAGUUUGGGAACUUGUCCUCUCUGGAUUUUCUUAUAUUUACACAUGGCCAUCCAAUAGCUUUGUUCUCUGGAUGGCACAUAUAAAACAAUAAAAUGCAAAAUUAAAAUACAGUAUCAUAAAAUCACAGUUUUCAGAGCAGAAAAGCUUCUCCCUGGAAGAAAUAAAAACAAACCACAGCUCAAAAGUGGUGGCUAAAACUAUGGCAAUUUCAUACAUGUUAAAAACCACAGGGUUUUCGAAAGGCUAAGAAAAAUAAACAAGUCUUCACUUGGCAUCGAAUAGGCCACAAGAAAGGUGGGAAGGGUAUGCCACAACUGAGGUACCACCACUGAGGAGGCCCUUUCCGUUGUACCAACUGGAGUGGGACCUCAAAGUUCGGGUAGCCAUUCUUUUAGGUAUCCUGGUCAUUCGGAUUUAAGAGAUGAAAUCAGCACUUUUGAGUAGUCAUGGAAAUGGACCCAUUAGACUGCCAAGGAAUGGCAGGCACUCACUAUCUGAACUUUCCAGAAACAACUGAAGGCAUUUUAUUCUGAGAAGCUUCCCCAGUUGGCUGCAUAGGUCUACUGCCAUGUGCGUCUACUUUGUCUUGUUCUUAAAAUUCAUAUUCUGGUGUGUGUGUUGUUGGUGCUGUUUUUAUUAUAUUUUGUACACUGACUUGGGAUGUAUGUUGAAGGCGAUUGAUAAAUAAUAUUAACCACAACAAUAGAAUGCAUACAAAGCUACACUGGAAGCCACCAGCUCUGGACAGCUCAACUUGGACAGCUCAUCUGGGAUAGCUCACCCUGCUUCCAAAGGCUGGAACCCACCAAAUAUUGAGAAAUAAAAAGAGAGGGGAAUAACACAGAAUCUUCAUAAUAGAAUCUCUUUUCACCUUCAUAUGCUAAAAUUACCUUACUGCAAUUACUCUCCUGGAGGUUCAUAAUGUUCAAUGAUAUUGACAAUAUUUAGGGAUGCCUUGCCAAUAAUUAGGGAUGCUGUCAAAUUCCACCACCAUUGGCCUAGAGACUGGAAGCCCAGAUAUCAACUGGAGUGGGAACAUUCCUGGAAAGGGUCAGGACUUGCCAGACUGCAGAUGCAAGGAAUCAGUUAUUUAUACCAAUAAUCUGGCUGGGGAGUGUGGCAGCUUUAAACUAAGGAAGCCCCUUCAGUGAACCUUGGAGGACACGAAGAGAAUGUUCUCUUUAAAACAAAAAUGGGGAACUUGCAGCUCUCCAGAUUUGGCUGGACGACUACUCCCAUAAUCUUUGCUGGGAGUUGAUGGGAGGUUGCCUGGCACUGUAGCAGUCAUACCUCACCCCUUCCCCCAAAAGGUAUUAGAAGGGGCUAGGUAAUGUUCAGCAUCUUCAACUGGAGUAGCUUCUUGAUGGUGCCACCGUACAGCAGUUCUUGAACCUCAAAACUUACCAUGGAAGCUUUCAUCAGCCUGCUGCCCUCCAGAUACUUUGGGGACCAAUUCCCAUCAGUUCUAGCCAUUGUAGUCCAAAACAUUUGGAGGGUUCAAAAUUUGAAAUGACUGGCUUUUCAUUGUUGUUGUUGUUUAGUCGUUUAGUCGUGUCUGACUCUUCGUGACCCCAUGGACCAGAGCACGCCAGGCACUUCUGUCUUCCACUUUCACCCGCAGUUUGGUCAAACUCAUGCUGGUAGCUUCGAGAUCACUAUCCAACCAUCUCGUCCUCUGUCAUCCCCUUCUCCUUGUGCCCUCCAUCUUUCCCAACAUCAGGGUCUUUUCCAGGGAGUCUUCUCUUCUCAUGAGGUGGCCAAAAUAUUGGAGCCUCAGCUUCAGGAUCUGUCCUUCCAGCGAGCACUCAGGGCUGAUUUCCUUCAGAAUGGAUAGGUUUGAUCUUCUUGCAGUCCAUGGGACUCUCAAGAGUCUCCUCCAGCACCAUAAUUCAAAAGCAUCAAUUCUUUGGCGAUCAGCCUUCUUCAUGGUCCAGCUCUCACUUCCAUACAUCACUACUGGGAAAACCAUGGCUUUAACUAUACUAUAUGACUUUAACUAUACUAUAGGUUCCAGCUUAUUCCGUCAGAAACCUGAUAUCAGCUCUGACCUUUUCCAAGCAUGCAGGUCGAGUUUAGCAUAAAAUUCCAGCUGGAAAGCUCUUGACAUCUUACUAUGUUUCAGAACUUUUGUGAAACAAAAUUCCCUGCAUGGAGAAAUUUUGUUGUGAUCCCCCUCCUUUAAGGUAAGUACAACGUUAGUGAAGCAGAAGGCAUGGUGAGAAAUGUCUCCGUUAAUGAGCUGCCACCCUAUCUCUAGGUCGUCUAUUUUUACAGGUUUAUCUCAAGUAUAGAAAAGUCAAAUUUUGGGCACAGAGCCAGGUGUGUAGAAUAUGAUCUUGCACUGCAGGGUAUUGCAUUCACUUAAAGAAAGAAAAAAAGAUAGAAUAAAAAAAAACCAAAUUCUUCAGAAUACCUGAUCUGUCAGUUCUCAUAGGUGUUUCCUGGCAGCUUGUACAACCACGGCAGGCACAUUCAGCUUUUGUUGUGGAAACAGCAGAAUAAAUAAAGUGAAAUGUCUGUUUUCCAGAAAGUCUUCCAUAUGCCUCGAUGAAGCAGAGCUUGGCCUGAUUUGUCCUAUGCAGGACAGUAGUGACAUUAAUUGUUGUUGUCAGCAUCUGUCUGUCUCUGGAGACAAUGAAGGAGUAAACUUUUGGGAGUGAAGUCAAACUGUUGGAAGGCCUCAGUGCCUGCUGUAGCUGUAGAAACUGAUACUGGAGAGACAUGUUUUGUUGCAGCUGGGGCAGGUGAAGGCAUCUGGCUGAGCUGCUGCAGAUGCACCCCGGCGUUUCUUCUCUCUGCACUCCUCCUCCUCUGGUCACUGCUAUGGGUACAUGACCUGUCUGUCUCCAGGCACUGCGGUCAUCUGCAAGGGAUUCCCACACAGCUGGGUUGAUGUUGCCAGGCUUUGCAGAUGUCUUUGUAAUAGAGAGUUGGUCUGCCAACUAGCCUGGUCCUGGAAGCCAGCUCCCCAUCUUCCAUUCUGUGGACAUGAGCAAGCUGAUUUGUCCUAUACACGACUGUAGCGACAAUAAUAACAUUAGAUGACUAUUAUUAUUAUUAUUAUUUUGUAAAAUAGUGUUUAUUGUAUUGAAAUAUUAUACUUUUCUUUAUUCCUUUACUGUCUACUUUUCUUCACAUUUUUUCUUUUUCUUCUUUACUUUUUCUUUCUUUCUGUUUUAUUGGAUAUUAUUCUUUAUGUAUAGUUUUGUUUUGAUGUGUUUACUUUGCAAUAUAAUAAAGAAGUUUUUUUAAAAAACAACAACACCCAAAUUAGCUUAUCAAUACCAUUGCAGUGCAGUAGCUGCAAGGUGGACAACUGUUCCUUAGCCCUGGACCUUUGUGAGUCUUUUCACACCAAUGUCAUUCUGGGGAUAACUGAGAUAAGAACUGCUCUUUGUAUUCCAAAAAGCAAUAUGGAAAUAACACCUCAAAUUCUUAACCAUACAUUUCAUUUGAAACCAAUGCACCUGUUUUGUAUAUGGCAGCACAAUCAGCUAUUGGUUAUACCAAUGCCCAACCCUUCCUCCAAGGAACCCUGAAUGACUUAGAUGUGCCCCCCAAGCAGUCACUGGCACAGAUGCUGGUCAAGGUCAGGGCUGACAGAGGCUUCAGAGAUGGUGCUACGCCAGGCACCUUCAAAUUGAGAGAGCUCAUUGGUCGGACACAUUGGUUUGCAAAUAUCUCUAGGUGGUGUUAGGAAAGACUGCUUCCUGAAAUGUUGGAGAGCUGUUUCGGUCACUGUAGACAAUAUUGAGAGAGGUGGAAUAGGGACCUGGGCCAAGGAAUGGUCAACUGAUGGCCUGUAUACCAGAGUUCAUCAACAGUGGAGUUUUAUCUGCCCAGGUGGUCCUGUUAGUGGUGAGCCAAGAUGGAUGUUGUAUUUCAUCAGCAUCACCCCCCACCCUGCAAAACAGCCCUCCUAAACCUUUUGAUACUUCUAUGUAUGCUUUAGUGUAGGGGUAUCUUUUGGCAUGUUCCACAGCCCCACUCCCUCUUCCUCUUCCUAGGCUACCCUUGCAGGGGAGCAGGUGGCACUGCGGUCUAAACCCCGGGGCCUCUUGGGCUUGUCGAUCGGAAGGUCGGUGGUUUGAAUCCGCAUGGUGGGGUGAGCUCCUGUUGCUCUGUCCCAGCCUCUGCCAACAUAACAGUUCAAAAGCACACUAGUGCAAGUAGAUAAAUAGGUACCACUGUGGCAGGAAGAUAAAUGGUGUUUCCAUGUGCUCUGGCUUCCAUCAUGGUGUUCCGUGCACCAGAAGCGGUUUAGUCAUGCUGGCCACAUGACCUGGAAAGCUGUCUGCGGACAAACGCUGGCUCCCAGGGCCUGAAAAGCAAAAUGAGUGUCGCACCCCAUAGUCGCCUUUGACUGGACUUAACCAUCCAGGGGUCCUUUACCUCUACCUUUUACCCCUUGCAGCAGCCUUCCCCUAUGCAUUUUUUUAAGUGUCCUGAACUGUGAAAAUCCCUCUUGUGCGCUGUUCUGCAUAGGCCUGUGACUUCUGUCUAGCUGGAAUGUAUAACCGACUAUAAAAAAGGUAAGAAUCAUACCCAUUGCCCUGGUUUGCUGCUUGAACAGCAACUCUAAGAAAGUGGUUGUCACAGAGCAACUUAACAGCAUUUGACUGACUGAUGGAUCAAUUGCAUGAAGGCACUGGCCAUUUCCAAAAACAAUGAGGCAAAAUGUUUUAAAGACUAAGAGCAGAAAUUUGAACCCUGUGCAGACCAUGACCGCAACCCAGUGCAAGGCCUGCUGCCAGAUUCUGCAAUUACAUGUUAACAAACUCUUUGUAUUUGCUUAUUUUGUCCCUCUCCCAGAACACUGAUCUCUAUCAUUGUUUUAGCUUUCGUGGUUGUUGGCAGUUUGUCUAAGCAGAUGUUGAGCUGAAGAAAUUCCAAGUGCCUGAAUGACAGACAGAGAGAGGCAGAAAGGCAGGCAGGCAACCCAACCCCAUCUCCUCCUGGUGUUCCUUCAGAUAUUUGAUCCUCCUCAUUUAAGAACAAAUUGCUUCUGUUCAACUCUUUGGCUGUGAAAAGUAUCCAGCUGUAAUAGCUGCCAUGUGUCGGGAUCAAUACAAAAGUGUGAAGCCAGUGCUUUUCCUCCUCUUUAACCAGAGAGAGAGGGAGGCAAAUGAAUCAUUUUGAAGAAUCAGCACUUAGGGAUACAUUAAACCUCUUUGUCUUUGUCUGUGUUCAUUUCCCCGUAAUCCUUAUGCAAAAGAAAAUGAAAUCCUGACAAUGUGUUUUAUUGAUCUCUCUGGGUAUUGCUAUUGCUGUGAGUUUGCUUCCUGAAUUAAAGUUUGUUGUGUGCUGCAGUUAGUGUGGGCUUGAUCCGGAAGAUGUUGCUUGUGACAUGCAGCAGUCAGAUCAGAGGUAAGCCCUUGUAAGUUCAAUGGGACUUCCUGCCUCGGAGGUGGGGAACCUUUUUCAGGCUGAGGACCACAUUCCCUGGUGGAAAACUUUAUGGGGGCCACAUACUCAUGGUGUUUGGGACCAGUGUAAGAGCCAGUCUAAGAAUUGAUGGAUGAACAUGAAACCCCAUACACAUCCAUUUGUGUACCCUCUGAUGCAAAAACAUAAUUUGGGCUGGCUACCUCAGCAUGUAGCAGUUCCGAGCAUGGCCAAGAUUAUGCAUGGGAAAUUGUGAGGGGUGGUUGGAGAAUUGCUAGGAGACACCUCCCCCCCAAUUCCCCUCACAAAACUAUAGUUCCCAGAAUGGUUUAACAACCAAUCCCUCUUCCCAGAGGAUGGACGGAAUUGUAGCUAUGUGAGAGGAACAGUACUCAGCACUCUUAACAAACCACAGUUCCCAGGUUUACUUAGGGAAAGGCAUGGCUGUUUAAAGUGGGAUGAUACUGCUUUAAGCGUAAAAUGCAGACGGGGCUUAAGUUAGCAAAAACUGGAAAUGUUAAGGCUCUGGAAUGAGGUUUUAAGUUGAUAUUUUGGUUCAGGGAUAGUGUUUCAACAUGAACUGUCAAGGAGAAGCUUUAUGCAGAUGUGGUUUUUCAAGCCACUUCAUUUCCCCCACGCUCCGCUGAGCAGAAAUGCACAGUGUGUUUUAUAUAUUGGAUGACAAUCUGAAUAAUUGUUAUGAAUGGAUUUGACAACAGCCAGAGAAACAAUGAAUUAAUGCGCACGUACUAGGCAAGUCUAUUAUUCAGAGAGCAAAAUGCUCUCAAAGGAUGUUGUCAUUAGACAUUUGUGAACCUGAUUUCACUUGCUCAAUGCUGGAAUUUUUAAUGAGAAAAUUAUUAUUAUUAUUAUUAUUAUUAUUAUUACCCUAGCCACUCCAUGUUAUCUAUAGUGAUCUAAAAUAUAUAGCCACUAUACGUUGUCUAUAGUUAUGUCUGAACAGGACCUGAAUCACUUAUGACCCACCAGCCUGAACAUAGCUCACAAUGUAUGGUGGUGUAGCAGGGGCUCUAUAGAUGUCCCAAUUUUGCUGUUGGCCUGGAAAAGCAAAAGCAGGGAGAAUCGUAUCAGCAUCUAGGAGGAGAAAAUACAUACUUCUUGUCUCAGUUUGGCUUGGUGAGUCACAGUUUCUGCAGGACUUACGAAGUACCACCCACUCAGUAACCGAAGAACUGGAAACUGGAAACUAUGGACUUAGCUAGAUUAGUAAAGAAAAAGUGAUCUGUGUUGUAUAUGCACUGUAACAUCAUGCCACCAGGUGGCGCUGUGGAGUCCAGUUUUUCUCUACCUGUUUCCCCUGUUUAAAUGUGCAAGAUGUUUAACUGAAACACUUCUUUGAUGUGUCUAGAUCCAGCCUAUAUAUGCCAGGAUCAGAAACCAUGGUUUAAUCUCUGCUUUUUCAGCAAACCAUCACCAAGGCUGGGGAACAAUUUCCAGCUUGAGAGCCACAUUCCCCUGUGAGCAGUUUUCUGGGGGGCUGUGACUCUUAACAUGACUCUUCCCCUUAUGUAUCACUGGGGUACACGAUAAGACAAAAGGUUUGUUUCUACACACCAUCCAUGCGUUUCUUCAUCUGGGCAAGCAGGAUGGAGACUUCCAGGAUACAUUCCAGCCAUGCAGAGACCGUGGAGUAGGGCUGGUGAGAGUUGUGGUCUAGAGAGGCCUCAAGGAUUGCAUUUCUUCUUCAGAUCUGAUGUUCCUCACUCCCAGUUUAAAGCUUAUCCUUGUCAGACGUAAUGACAAAGUGCCAUUGUUGUUGUUGUUUAGUCGUUUAGUCGUGUCCGACUGUUCGUGACCCCAUGGACCAGAGCACACCAGGCACUCCUGUCUUCCGCUGCCUCCCACAGUUUGGUGAAACUCACGUUAGUAGCUUUGCGAACACUGUCCAACCAUCUUGUCCUCUGUCGUCCCCUUCUCCUUGUGCCCUUCAUCUUUCCCAACAUCAGGGUCUUUUCCAGGGAGUCUUCUCUUCUCAUGAGGUGGCCAAAGUAUUGGAGCCUCAGCUUCAGGAUCUGUCCUUCCAGUGAGCACUCAGGGCUGAUUUCCUUCAGAAUGGAUAGGUUUGAUCUUCUUGCAGUCCAUGGGACUCUCAAGAGUCUCCUCCAGCACCAUAAUUCAAAAGCAUCAAUUCUUCAGCGAUCAGCCUUCUUUAUGGUCCAGCUCUCACUUCCAUACAUCACUACUGGGAAAACCAUAGCUUUAACUAUACGGGCCUUUGUUGGCAAGGUGAUGUCUCUGCUUUUUAAGAUGCUGUCUAGGUUUGUCAUUGCUUUUCUCCCAAGAAGCAGGAGUCUUUUAAUUUUGUGACUGCAGUCACCAUCUGCAGUGAUCAUGGAGCCCAAGAAAGUGCCGUUAGUCAUAAGUAGAUGCUUAUGCUAUCCUUCACAGGGCUGCACUUGAGGCAAAGAAGGCCUAUCCUGUUUCUCCACCUGAGGGGAAACUGGAAUUGUCACCUCCUGCCUCCCACUUCCACCCCGACUUCCACCGCUGGCAAGAGCUGCAGCUUUCUGCAAAGCAUUGCUGCUUGGCUUCUCCAUUUGGUGGUGUGAUGUGGAAGCCAUGUGGUGCGCAGGAACGCCCUGGUUCUCAGCAAACUCUGUGGGAGCUGGGGCGUUCCAUAAAGCCUCCUCCACUUAGAGCCUCUGAAUUAUCAAAUUCUGCCUAAAAUUGGGAAGCUGAGCUAGAAUUCCUCCCAAGCCAACGUCUGUGCUUAGCCCGAGAGAAGAUGAGCUAGAGAACUCCUUGCCGCAAGAAAAGGUGUAUGGCACAGAAUUUAGAAAAUUCACCCAAAGAUGGGUGAGAUAUUAGUAGAAAAUGAUGUCUGUAGCUGCUGACUCAUUAUGCCAAACUCUGCCUCUGUCUGCCACCAUUUUGUGGCAGGCUGUGCCCCCUGCACCACCAUUUUGUGUCUGGUGGGCCUCAGCAAUUUUCAGCUACCUCAAGUGGGCUCUGGGGGUGGACAGUUUGAGAGCCCUUGCUGUACGGGAACAGAAUCAAAACCUCUCAAAGAAUAAGUGUGUGGUGUCUUCUAACCUUUCGAUAAAUGCCACACAAAUUGACGCCAUUGUUAGCAUAAGCAGUAGUAUACCGCCAAAGGUUUCAGAUGCUGAGAAACCGGCCCUAGAGUCAUGACUUGUAGAUUUACAGAAGGGAGAAAUUUACAGAAAUUCACUUUGACUAGAAGCAAAUCCCUUCUCAGCAGUAUCGUUAUUACACUCGACAAAUAAGCAUGUUUACCUUCUGGCUGCUAGCAUUACAGAUUCAAACAAUCCUGCUUAACCUUUGCAAAUAAUCCUAGGGUUAUUUUAAUAAGGCACAAACUGUUCACCCACCAGCUGGAUUCCCUAAAUCUUUAGCUGUGCUUUUAUUUGCCAAGCUGUUGAACGCAAUGCCACCUGGAUGCUGCAGCAGUUGCUGGAGUACCUCUGCACUCGCUGGAAACGGAGUUUGGUUUCCUAAUCCUGUGUAGUUAUUUUACCAUCAAACGUUGCCAUUCUUCUCUUGUGAUGAUGUAUAUCUUUGGUACCUAGAUCUGUCAUCCUGAAUGUGGAACUCAAGCAAGUGGGGAUAAAAUAUCGCAUCAGUUUGGAUGGUUUUGUUCACAAAAAUGAAUGCCCUUUUUGUAUCUCAGGCAAUCCUUUUCAGAGCUCUCCAAAACUGGCUCGGAUCCAAAGAGCCAUGCAAUUAGCAGUGCAUGCCCCCCAAAGGGGUUCGGGUUGCAUUUCUCUGAAAGCAGAUCCCUUGUCACCUGGCAAACCUGCAUUUGAAAUGCAGGAGGGAUUCAGAAGCAUUUUGGGAUAUGGCAUGUUGUUCAAAGGGAUAACAAAAUAUGUUUAAAAAAGCCUCAUCAAGUCGCUCUUGCAAUCCUGACUGCGGUUCGUAUAAUGUGUGCUUUGAGAAACACAGAGAAAAUAUUGUAGUACAAAUGUGGAUGUGAUAAUAAUAAUAAUAAUAAUAAUAAUAAUAAUAAUAAUAAUUAUUAUUAUUAUUAUUAUUAUUUAUUUAUACCCCACCCAUCUGGCUGAAUUUCCCCAGCCACUCUGGGCAGCUCCCAAUCAAGUGUUAAAAACAGUACAGCUUUAAAUAUUAAAAACUUCCCUGAACAGGGCUGCCUUCAGAUGUCUUUUAAAGAUAGGAUAGCUGCUUAUUUCCUUCACAUCUGAACGGAGGGUGUUCCACAGGGUGGGUGCCACUACCGAGAAGGCCCUCUGUCUGGUUCCCUGUAACCUCACUUCUCACAAUGAGGGAACUGCCAGAAGGCCACCGGCGCUGGAUCUCAGUGUCUGGGCUGAACGAUGGGGGUGGAGACGCUCCUUCAGGUAUACAGGACCGAGGCCGUUUAGGGCUUUAAAGGUCAGCACCAACACUUUGAAUUGUGCUCGGAAACAUACUGGGAGCCAAUGCAGAUCUCUCAGGACCAGUGUUAUGUGGUCCCAGUGGCCACUCCCAGUCACCAGUCUAGCUGCUGCAUUCUGGAUGAAUUGCAGUUUCCGGGUCACCUUCAAAGGUAGUCCCACGUAGAGCGCUAGUAAAUACUUAGUAAAUACUAAUAGUAAUUACUUUCCAAGCUGUAGUAGAGGAUGGUCGACAUAAUGGGGUUCAUGUGUGGUAGAACGAAGUGUGUUGUGAGUUGUAUUGUUUUCUUUAUAGAAGCUCUAAUAAAGGGUUUGGGAAGCUGCCAGCCCACAGAUGUUAGACUCCAAUUUCUGUCAGCCCCAACCAAUGCAUUCAGCAGUCGAGGAUGAUGGUAUUUGUCACCCAACAACAUCUGGAGGGUCUCCAUCCUGUUCUUUUGAAUGCACAUGUGGAAGGUCUGCUGCCAUGAUGUCCCCACCCCCAAUGGAUUUUUAAAAAUAAUCUAUUAUGUAGGUCUGUAAGGAUCAAAGUGGAUGUGACACACAGAGGACUUCCAUGACUCGAAUAACUGUUUUUUUCCCCCUUACAAAAUCCAGCCCUCCAUUUUAGAUGGUAAUAUGCUCACCCACUUUGAAAUAUGGUAAGCUAGCCCUCGAGGCCAGCCCAAUCGUUUUGCAGCCUGAGGCAAAGGACAAGAUGGCGCCCUCUCCACAUUCUAAGUAUAGGAACUGCAAAACUAUAAGGAGGCAAUAGACGCCUGCCUGAAAUCUUGCAGAGCUGCUAUCAGUCACUGUGGACAAUGCUAAUUUAGAUAGUAUAAGGUAACUCUGUGUGUCUUGGUGGAUAAAUGUCCCAUACAGUGGUACCUCGGGUUACAAACACCUUGGGUUACAAACACUUCAGGUUACAGACUCAGCUAACCCAGAAAUAGUACCUCAGGUUAAGAACUUUACCUCAGGAUGAGAACAGAAAUCGCAUGCUGGCGGCCUGGCAGCAGCGGGAGGGUCCCAUUAGCUAAAGUUGUACCUCAGGUUAAGAACGGUUUCAGGUUAAGAAUGGACCUCCGGAGCGAAUUAAGUUCUUAACCUGAGGUACCACUGUAUAUUUCAUAUGUCCACUUUGCAUAUUCUGUCUUUUCCCCAUUUUACUGGUGCCUCCAGUCCUAUCAAAUGAAACUAUCAGAAAAAAACCUUUAACUGGCUUCUGAAACCAUUGCAUUCUGAAAUUACUCCCAAACCAUCCUGAGCUCUCUGAAUUCGCUGUCAAAGCCAUUUAAUUCCAGUGCAUCACCCCAUUGUAUCCUUUUGCCUGGUAUUCCCACCCCCCAGUCUUUCCCCAAGUAUAUAAUAUACUGUAAACUGUCGUGCAGACAAAGCCCCCAGUUCCUUCUCAAGGAUACGUAAUGAGAAAGGAAGAUGUACUGCCAGCUUUAAUUAUACAAUCAUUAGGUUUGUACAGCAUCUCAAUACCAACAAAGCCAACUCCUUAGGCGGUCCUGUUCUCCUGGGACCCUACAUUGCUUUGUAUUAGCAUAUCUACCACUUGUGUUUUCCCAGUUGGCUCUAGAAAAGCUAAUGCUCACAGAGCUAUUCAGUAAUCAUUUUCAUAUUAGGCUAUUACGUUGUUUACUUAGUAUAUUGCCCCCUUUGGAAAAUAUAGAGAAUUCUACACUUGAUCUCAAAUCUGCUUCGUUUCAGCAAAAUAUAGUUUCCCUCUUUCAGCAACAUGCUUAUUUGACUUGACUUCCUUGCACAUGUAGGUGCAUGGACACUAAAGCACCCUCUGGUGUACAACCUGCCACUCCAUUUCACUUGUGGUAGCUGGUGAGGUUCAUUUUGAAGUGUUAAGUAUGGUAACAUAUACUGCUGGACAACUAUGCUUUGUUAUUUCAUUCUGGCACAACCUCCUGUUUUGGUUUCCAAUUACGCAGCUAAGUUUUGUUCCUUCUUGGUUGCCGAAACACAGUGCCUCUCUUCCCUUUUAUCCCCCACAUAACCAUCUGCCCAUAUAGUAAGUGGUGCUGUUUAAGUUGCAGCUAUCUUAUAAUAAGUACAGCAAAUCAGCCUUGUGUCUAAACAUUGUACAAACCAUCCUCAGGUUUUUAACAAAGAGAAUUGUUAUGAUCGGUUUCCCAACAUGUUGGCUUCUGAAGCGGGUGCAGAACAAGCUGUUGCAGAAGAAACAAAGACAGCAAGGAAAGGGCCUCCAGGAUUGCUUAGCAGAAUAUAUUACAGGCAUCAAAGAAUUUUCCCUGUUUGCAUCUGUGAGUUGGUGUGGAUAUUGUCAUUAUACAGCCUAGGGACUAGGUGGCACGGGACUUAAUUGUAUCUGGGAGGAGUCAGAAAUUUCCUGGGUCUAUUCUGCUCUUGUUUAAGGGAGACAAUAAAGUUCUUGCCUAGCUUCCUGACUGGUGUGUCCUCUAAGCCUUCCAUGGCAAUCGCCUACUAGCACUGGCGGAGGAAGGGGGCAGGGGGAGCAUACCGCCCCCAGACCACAUUCCCGGUGGGCUGCCAUUGCGGCUGCCCCCCGGACUGGGCGCCAUGCCCCCGGGACGUGCGCCAUGCCCCUGCGGGCAGUGUGCCACACCCCUGGGACACACACCAGCUAUGCCCCUGGUGCUGGAGCAUGAAGCUCCACCACUGCCUACUAGGGAGGUUCACAUAGCCUUUCCCCUGCAGGUCGAAAGGGCAUGUGGGGGAUGCUGUGGAGGGUAUCCCCAACAUCAAUAGUGCCCCCCUACUGUGAGAGGGCACAAUGCUCCUGUCCUGCCCCAACCAUAGACACCCAUAGCAGAAAUUACUCCCCUCUGAUGUCUGUUCAGCCAGCAUGGGAAAGGGCUGUGCCUGUGUACUACACCUAGUGUGGAGACAUAAGAGGAAGAUCCUGACUGGCUGACAUCCCCUAAUUGAAUUUAUUUAUUUAUUUAAUAUUUGCUACUAAAUAUGACUACCAUAAGGUUUUCAAAAAUAACCAAUCUGUUAUGUAACAUGUAUUCCAUACAGCAAAUGAACGGACAAGCUACAGUGCAAUUGACAGCACAUUUUGAAAGCAGCUUAAGAGUCAGGGAUCCCUCCUCUUACUCACAGCAUGCAACGUUCACUUCACUCACAGAGAGAUGCACACCACAACCAGAUCCUUAUGUGGACACAAGUUGUACAAUGAGCACUAGCCAUCCCAUUUUACCCCCACACCUUAGAAACAUCCAUAAGCACACCACCCACCCAAUCGCUCCAGUAUCUUCCAGUCACUAUCACUAGUGUCGCCAACCACUAUCACCAAUCUCUCUGCCCACUCUACUAAAAAUGUACUACAGAAACACCAGGAGACAAUAGAACCAUUCACUGAUAGACACAUAUAAAAUAUCAGGAAAAAAAUCCAUCCACCAACCACGUGUUCUAGAUGCAGUCAUUACAACGACCCUGUAAGGUGGGUCAGUAUGAGACUGAGGCUGAGAGACACCACCUUGCCUGACACACCACCUAGCACAGGGGUGGACAGCAUGGUGCCCCUGCCAGCUGUUUUGGACUACAAGUCCCAUCAUUCAUGAUCAUUGGCAGUGCUGGUUGAGUGAUGCGAGUUGUAUUCCACAACAUCAGCAGACCACUGCAUUGGUUGCCCCUCCACCUAGUAUGUUCAUGGUGAGAGGAGAUUUGAAACAGUACCUCCUAGCUCCCUGUACCAGCUUUUAGAUGAAGUCCUUUCCUUCUUCCUCUUCCUCUUCUAACAACUACCAAUGGAUUUUACAUCUUUCAGCCAUUUACCACCACUACUGUAAUGGGUGUAUAUGAAGUUGUUAUUCUGCAUCAAAGGCAAUUUGAAUCUCUCUUGAAUUAUGCAAUUACCAGCGUAAUACAGGGAUACUCUUUAAAAAUUAUCUUGCCAUUCCUCUGUGCUCACUGCCAGCAAAUAUGCUAUCGUGGGAUUGGGGAUUGGAUUGCUACUUAUGCACCACCACCACCACCAAUGAAAAAAGGAUGAAAGUGAACACCCUGGAGAGUUGCUACCAGUCAGUAUGGACAUUGUUGAGCUAGAUAGACAAAUAGUGUGACUCAUAAGGCAGCUUCCUAUGUUCCUAACAGAAAUAGGAACACUAUAUAUUUUAAGAUAGUAGAGAAGACUGCGACGAAGUGAUCUGUGGGCCUUCUCAGUCUUCCGCCCAGGUGUGAAGAGUAGACAGGCAAAUUCAAAGCCCUUCCUGCUCUCCCUUAAGAGGACUGUCCCCUGACCAGCCUUCAAACAGAAGCCUGCCAUAAGCCUGUAAAGUAAGACACAUGUCCGGCCUAGUUGAUGGAGAUCUCUACAACACCCAAGCCCACUGGAGUCUAUUCCUGGGGAAGAGUGUAAAGGAGGUUAGGGGCUGAAUCUGGGGAACUGCAUUGCGGACCGCACAACAGCUGUGGAGGUCAUUGGCCAUGUCUUUCCAGCAGCUGACCCAGGACGGGAGAGCUUAUGAGGGGAGGAAGAGGAUGUCCACUUGGAUAAUGGUGGGUGUCACUCUAUAUAGGCAGAUCUCCUUGAAGGUGAUUGCAUUGUGCAAAUAAGCAACUUGGAGAUAUUUUGGGAUUAUAAAGCAGAAUAUAAAUAAGAUAAGUAAGCAGUGCUUUUUGUGUGAUUUUGUAGUCAUGGAUACCACUUUUCUUUGCUGCCCAUCGUGGCCAUUUUGUUCUGGCGCCCAUGACACUUUUAUCACAAUAUGAGUACUGACACCUCAUUUGUUACCAAAAAUAGCGCACUGUAAAUAAGUAAGCAUUGAAGUCCAUAAGUAAAUAAGGGUUUUGGCAGCCAAAAGCAACAACAAAUGCAUGCUUGUGAGUGAGAAUGUAAGUUGGUACAGGAAAUGGACAUCAUCUGGAAAAGCAGGAGGAGGAAGAGUCUGAGAAAGAGGAAUCAAAACCAACUCAAGGGAUUUUGCUGAGCUGAGUACCCACCCCUUGCGUUUUUAUGGGACUAUUCAUUCCUCCAAAUAGAAUAUUUGAAAAUAAUUAUUUGUCACAAGGUUUGCUUUUAAAUAAUAAUAAUAAUAAUAAUAAUAAUAAUAAUGUAUUUCAAUGUUUCUAGAUUUAUCAGAGAUGCUGGCUAGUCUUCAAGAAAGCAUCAAGCAAAGGACCCAAAAGAAUAGAGAAGUUUUCAGAUGAGCGUGCUGCUUAUUUCAGAUGCUAUCAUAAGGUAAGAGAACGUGCAUGCUUCCUCUGUGUCUCCUUCACAGGAAGGUUUUCCCAUCAUAGAAUCAUAGAAUCACAGAGUUGGAAGAGACCACAAGGGCCAUCGAGUCCAACCCCCUGCCAAGCAGGAAACACCAUCAGAGCACUCCUGAUAUAUGGUUGUCAAGCCUCUGCUUAAAGACCUCCAAAGAAGGAGAAUCCACCACACUCCUUGGCAGCAAAUUCCACUGUCGAACAGCUCUUACUGUCAGGAAGUUCUUCCUAAUGUUUCCCAUGUAAGUAACUCCCACAGUUAAUCUAGACUUUAGCGGCAAUCCUGUUAAUGAUUCGUUGUGAUUUAGGCCCCGUUCCCAGGGCUAGCCCACCCAUGAGGCUGGGUGAGGUGGUCACCUCAGGUGGCAGUUCCACCCACCUGCCCUUGCUGCCCACCCAUCCACAUGUCUCCCAGAUGUCCCCAAUGCACCACUGACACUUCACUAGUUCUUCCUCUCUGGGCCCAUUCUGCAUAUCCACCCAAGAACAUGUGGCUGACCGCAGAAUGCUGGACUAGAUGGGAUUUUUGCCUGAUCCAGCAAAGGCUCUUCUUAAGGUCUAUUCUUCCUAUCAGUUUAUAAUCAGCCUUAGAGAAGAUAUAAAUAGUAUAUUUAAAUUGUAACUUUAAAAAUUAAUAUGCCCUUUCAGAGAAUACCUAUCAGGAGUUGUAUCAAUGGAAACAAUAUAAUUCAUUCAUCAUUUGCAUAAUCGUUGUUGCUAGAUAGAAAAGUUUCUGAGACUCCUUGUUAAAAAAAAAAUCAGUUGGGGAUCGCUCUGCCUGAGAAGGUACAUGUGUAAUUCCCCUCAGCACCAUAACAAUAAUAGACCCUUUAAUUUUUAAUCUUUGACGGCAACAGCUUAAUAUAUUAGAAAAUUGGGAUUUAGGUGUGCAAACAGUCUCGGCGCCUGGGAGCGAAAAGAUAAGCUUUUGGUGGCUGAUCCAUUCUUAUUUGGCUUGAGAGGUGUUUAAGGAAUAAAUCUCAUGAGAAUGCCACAUUUGAAUCUUCUUAAACUAUUUGCUCCGAUCUACAUCUCUCGGAUGCAUAAUUUAUACAGGACUGGCCUGGGGGACAAUUGGCCCUACGUGUGUCUAGAAAUAGAAGUUCAGGGGAAAUUUAUCUGAGGUCAUUUUCAAAAGUCACGAGAAGAGACUCAAAAUCCCUUCCUCUGCUUCAUCUCAACUCCUAUUGGGAUUGUGCAGAAUGUAUAUUUAGAGCACUUUAAUUUCGGCUCAGCACAGAAGGUGUGUCAUCUGUAAUGAUACUGAGCCGACAAAUUAUUGAUGCAAAUCUUAUGUCUCUUUUACUCUCUCCCCUUCUUCACAUGGUAAUGUGAAGUAUAAGUGGUACAUCCACCUCUGAAUGAUGUGGGAAUUAGGGCUGAAAUGGAAGAUCAUGGUCUCUUAAACAUUCGCUUCUUUAAAAUGGGUCUUUAUUUCCUCCCCUUGCAUAAUCCAGAGACUAGAUUCUCUGCCACUCAAGGUAUGUAGCUACCCGUUAAACCCUGUUUAUGUUGGUGUAAUGUGAACAGUGGGUUAAAUUACACAGUGCUUGGUCUCAUGUCUUGAGGAACACAUCCCCAUGUCUGGAUGUUCUGAGAUAAGGGUGCCAGGUGCCCUGGGUUACCAUAGCAACACCAGCAAGGCCUCCUCUCGAUGUGACAUUCACCCACCAGGCUGCACUGGUCCGUGUGGCGUCUCCUGGGGUGGCAGCCAUGGAGAGAAUUGGCUGUUUCAUCCUUUUCCCCUAGCUCAGUGGCAGUAGUUCUAGAGGUGGGAAGUGGGACAUUUCCAGAUCCAGAUGAAAGCUGGGAAUGCUGGGAAUUUGGAAUGUACUGGUAAAAACAGGGCAAUUCUGGGUAUGGUGAUAUCUACAGACUUCCUAGAACUUCUACAUUUGCAACCAUAAUUACAAAUAAAGCCGACCCUUUGACAUGUUUAUUUGUUUAUUGUGGUUUAUUAAUCAAAAGUAAACAGUAAUCCAACUAAUCAAACCCUAGAUUACCAAACUAAAGACCGCAGCAAAAGUCAAGACACACACACACUAUGGUACCACUGAUCAACAAACAACAACAGCAUCAAAAAGCUUAUGUGAAAAAGGAUUUUUGUUCAGUUGUCAGCAGAACACAAAUACAGAAGAAGAUGCCCAGACUUCUCAUGGAAGGAGUAAUAGCACUGAAGAAGCCUUCUUGUCAUGUCACAAUGAACAACAGCAUUCUCUUUUUUAUGUAUAGAGCCAGAAAUUCUAAAACAUACUAAACCUUUAUUGGCCUCGUUGGAGUCAAUAAUGUGUUCUAAUAAGCAUCACAGGCAAUGAUUUAGGAUCAGUUUAAUUCCACAGUGCCUGGAACUGAUAUAAUCUAGCUGUUUUUUUCCUAGUGAUUUAUUGCACUAGCUCAUCUGACUUAUGUUCCCUUGCCUUGGUGAUGUAUGAUGCUGACAUAUAACUCUGAUGAUCUGGCUUUAUAGAUACAUGGGCAUAGAUCCAGAGUUUUCUUCUGCCAGUGGCAGCAUCCUGGGAGCAUAGUUACAUGCAUGAGAUGCUCCCAGUGCCUGCUGGUGGAAGGUAGCUUUAAAUGUUCCCCUUGAAGUCCAUUUGGAGGAGGCGCUGUAGGAGUUAGUGAAAGUUGCCUGGAUUGGCAGCCCUUUCUUUCAUGGUAAAGAACUCUGGAUCCAAGUCGUGGUCAAGGGAAAUUAUAUCCAGAAGGGUUUGCCUAACCAGGUGAUAGGAGAAAUGUUUGAAAGGAGAAGGUAUGAGGGUAUCUUUUUCAGCUCCCUUAUUCUAUCUGAGGCAUGCCAGCACAGUGUUGCACAGCAUCUCUGCAGGGAGGCCUAGAACAGCAUGAGGAUUCAAGAUCGGGGAGAACUUACUGAAUUUUCUGGAACAAUAUGCAAACUGAAACAUCUUUGUAAAUUGGCACCUCUCCGUCUUUUGCAGUUAAGCUCUCCAGCCAAGUAACAUGUACAAAAAUGCAUAUGUGAGUGAAAAUAACAUACAUAAAUGCAUUGUAUUACAGAAAAUAGCUUUGCAAAAAUGUGUACAUUAAGGAAAAUUUCUAUAUAACAUCUAACAAUAUUUGGAGAAUUUGGAAAAUCCCUACUGGAUAUGUCAAUGGAGAGUGUUAGGCCUCUCUGGAAAUGUCCACAGCAGUUCGUAGAAUCCAUUCCAGAUAUUAUAAUGUACGCUGGAGUUUUGGCAGAGUAGAAUGAAUCCAUUCUGCCCAAACUCUUCAAAGCAGAUCUCAGGCAGCUUCUCAUUCCCAGUUGUGGCUUUGGCUAUAUAUCACCCUAAUGUAUGCAUCGUCUGGCUAUUAUUGAGUAGAACAGAAUUUAUUGUGUUCACGUAGAUGAAUGCUUCUUGGUCUCUGCAAUAUCAAAUCAGGACCUUUGGCGCUAUGAAGAUAACAAUCAUGGGAGAUGAACAAUCUUCCUUGCCUGCUUUAUGAACUGAUGCCAAAAUGAAGUGCAAACAGUGGGAAGGACAAGUAGCAAAAAGAAAACAAAUUUUACUCUUCAGGUGAAUGAACUUUGAAGCCUUAAAUGUGAACUGAGGCUUGCAAGAUGUACGUUGAAAUAUAUUGCUCUGCCUUUUGGAUUUCUGCAUAGCAGUUGCUCUUUCGGUGUCUGACCUUUAAGGAUGAAUUGAUAACGUGAAUAAAUCGAGUAAUGCUUCACUUUUAUUACUUCCUUCCCUCCUAAACAGCAUAAAGCCAUCACAGGCAGCCAAUAGUCCAUGCCUCAUCCAUAUACAGUUACCUUCAUAAAGAGCUUGCUAUGAGAAAGCGUUUCAAAAUAGAGUGUGAUAUCUCAUUUCCUUCUACUCAGAGGAGACCCAAUCAUAUUAAUGAACUUAAUUACUUAAGCAUGAUUAAGUACUCUGAGUGUGAUUAAUGCUAGAUAUCGCCCAGAAUUCAGAUUAAAGCUAUCUUGAAAAUAUUAAGCCUUUGUAACCAAAUAAAUGAUGGCAUAUUUUCAUUUAAUUGAGAAAAAUAUAUGGAAGAAAGCUAGAUUUCAACAAGGCAAGAAUAAAAUCACCUUGUUAGGGUUGGGCAAAGUCUUUCCUUCCCCUUUGCAUGGUGUGUGUGUGAGAGAGAGAACAUUAAUGUGUGUGCAUGUGUGUGAGUGAGAGAAUGAAAUUAUCAGGUGGUAAGGUGGCGGUGUGGGUUAAACCACAGAGCCUAGGGCUUACCGAUCAGAAGGUCAGCGGUUCGAAUCCCCGUGAUGGGGUGAGCUCCUGUUGCUCAGUCCCUGCUCCUGCCAACCUAGCAGUUCGAAAGCACAUCAAAGUGCAAGUAGAUAAAUAGGUACCGCUCCAGCGGGAAGGUAAACGGCGUUUCCGUGCGCUGCUCUGGUUUGCCAGAAGUGGCUUAGUCAUGCUGGCCACAUGACCCUGAAGCUGUCUGCGGACAAACGCUGGCUCCCUCAGCCUAUAGAGCGAUAUGAACACUGCAACCCCAGAGUCAUCCAUGACUGGACCUAAUGGUCAGGGGGUACCUUUACCUUUAAGGUAGUAUUAAUUACAUAUGGUAGAAAUUUAGGCAUUCAGAUCAGACUUAAUAUUUGUUUUGUUUUUAUUAAUAAAGCUUUCUCAUAAUACAAUAGGAUAAAAAACUAAUGUAAAUAAAAGCGAAAACAGAGAGAGAAAGAGGAAAGAAAAUACAGAAUCCUUGUUUCACACAGAAAGAGGUGGACCCACCUGAUCUCUCACCCUGGGAGGUCUUCCCUUCCCUGCCUCAGAUCAGCCUUAAUCUUUGCAUCCCACUCUAAUAACUACUCUGCUGGAUUGGACCACAGGGCAUCUUGUCCACCAGUCUCCUUCAAACACUGCUGAGCCAGAAGCUUCUUGGAACCCUUCCAGCAAAGCAUGAAGGCAACAAUGUCUGCUGUUAUUUUGCCUGCAGUAUGUAGUAAUGAGAGAUAGGUUAAGAUGAGAUGUCAUGACUGCCCCAUGAGCCUCAUGACCCCACUGGGAGUUGAAUGUGUGAAUCAACUGAAAGGCUAGAAGCAGGAAGGAGAAAUAUAUAUAGGAAUAGAGGUGAAGCGCAGAUAAUUAUCGGUAUGUCUGCCUGAUGGAAUGGCAGGGUACCUGAUGGCUUUUUGAGAGGAUUAGACAUAAAAUGGAAGAUGGCAAGAUCCCCAAGGACAUGCUCUGUGGGGAGCUGGCUUCAGGCACCAGACCUGUUGGCAGACCAAAUCUGUGUCAUAAAGAUAUCUGCAAACAUGACAUGAAGGCCGGCAACCCGCCAUGUGGGAAUCCCUUGCAGAUGACCGCAGUGCCUGGAGACAGACAGACAGGUCAUGUAUCCACAGCAGUGACCACAGGAUAAAUGACCACUGGCAGGAGCGCAGAGAGAAGAAAUGCCAUAGUGCACUGGCAAAACCUUCAUCUGCCCCAGCUGCAACAAAACAUGUCUUUCCUGUAUCGGUCUCAGCAGCCAGAGCCGGCGCUGUAACUCACCAACGGUUUGACUCAAUGGCAUACUCUUCCAUUGUCUCUUGAGACAGAUGAAUGUCAACAUUGAGAAUAAUAUAUUUGCCUAUCUUCGGCUGAACGGGGGGAUGAAAGAAAUCUGUGUGCUUGCCAAGGAAGGUUCAUUACUGAGCUAUUUGAAGUGCCUCAGAUCACUCUCCUUCCCAGGCUGGGGGGGGGGGGAAUGGAGAAAACAGGAUAUAUACUGGAACAGUGUGAUUUUUGCAGCUGCUGUUGAAGCUGUAAACCAAUGAACCAUGUGGCGCAGCGCUGGAGAACUUCUGUGUUGUUGUUUUUUAAUGAUAUUUAUUAAGAAUUUUAAGAUUACAGAAAAAACAAAGAGAAAAAGAGGAAAGAAACCAAGGAAAAAACAAACAGCAAUCAAACAAUACAAGUCAAAAUCAAAAAGCAAAAACAAAACACAUAACACAUCAAAAUCCAAAAACAAAAAUAAACCACAAAAGUUUAAAAACAGAUCCAAUAUUCCCAAAUCCUUAACUGUCAUUACCUUAUUUCAUCGACCUCCUCACCCCUCCCUUUUUUUGUAUUCUAGUUAUUGAUUAUCACAGCAAAUCCUUCCCAUUUUUCAUAAUAUUCUGUCAUUAAAUUACCUUAAUCUAUUUUGACCUUGUCUUACUAUAAAAGACCCUAAAACUUGAAACUUAAGUCUUAUCUAUACCAAUUUCUCAUAACCAUAACAUAUUCUUGCAUAGUUCUUUUUAACAUUUCUGCUAAAGCCAAAUAAUUUCGUUCCAACAUUUUCCUAAUACUCAUUAAUUUUAGAAAACAUUCCUAAAUAGAAUUUUUGAAACUUUCUCCAAUCUUCAUCCAACGUCUCUUCCUCCUGGUCUCGGGUUUUGUCAGUCCUUUCUAUCCCAUCCAUCUAGUUCAUUAACCUGGUAACCUUAUGUCCGAGGCCCUUAAGUCUCUUCCAUGUCCCUUCCGCAGAUCUUCUUCAUAUUUAUACCUGUACUUUACUUUGUCUUCUGCUCCUUUCACUCGUGGAGACUCCAGCUUGACAGUAUUUUUGUCCCUUCUCGACAGAUCAGCCCCUUUUCCAUAGUCCACACUAAACUCCAUGUGGUAUUUAAAAGCAUAUUUCAAGGUCCCUCCAGAAUUGAGGACCCCCACAACUCCAAACUCCUCCCGGCCCAACGCCAGACUUGAAAAGUCAAAACAUCCCUGCAUAGGGGGGUCUAUCCAGCCCCCCAUCUCCAAACCAAACAAGACUCUAUCUCUCCAAAUCUGGCUUUUUCCAGAUUCAUACGUCAGAUCCAACAACUCAUGUUCCUGCUGGGCCACGGUUCCCUCCAUCUCUGCCUCCCGGGGUCCAGCCACAACCUCCUCCUUCAUCUGAUCUGUCAGAGCACACUCCUGAAUUAAUUCCUGAGUGGGUUCUAUAUAGAUACCCACUACCUGUCCAAAAUUUCUGAUCGCAACAGUCAUCAAAUCCGUCUUCUCAUGUAACUGUUCCAAUAAAGCACUUGUCUUGCAGAAAGCACGCACCAGAGUCUCUGAGUACAUUGUUAUACAAGGUCAGAAGUCUGUUCCCACGAUCUUAAUCUGUUGCAGCUGCGAAGCUUCCCAGUUCAAAUUUAAUAACAGUUUCACAAGCUCCCUCUAGGGGAAGAACUUCUAUUUGUAUCCAACUCUUUUCUUUUUUUUUAACAGCAGAUCUAACAACAAAGUUUCCUUUUUCAGAUAUUUUGUCAAUAUUUGUUCCUUUAAAAUGCGAGAGAGGACAAUGGAAUCACUAUGUUUCUCUUCUUUUAACUGUCUGUCAAAAACAUUUGUCUAUAGUCAAUGAACUUCCCAAAAACGUCUGUCCUGACACCCCGCUCCCAGGUUCAAGACGGUGGAAAGUUACUUUUCUUUACACUCUCUUCUGCAGGUUUAAACAAUCCGAAAAAAAUCCCCCCUCUUCUCCUGCUUCCAAAGGGGGUUCAGUAAUUUUAGAUGAUGAAAGUUGAUCCUUUACAAAUGAUUUUCUACACUCUAGUUUGCCAUGUCUUUGCUUUAAUCUGUCUACAAGAAACGGAAGGCUGACUUCCUGUUUAGACCUUCCCGCUUCAGUGCCAAAUUAAGAGGAAUUUCUUAAUCCAAUUUUCCGUUCUACUCACAGAUCGUUGUUUAAAGGCCAAUUGUCCAAAUUUGAUCUGCUCACGGGUAGUUGUUUUUGUAGCCAAAUUGUCCCAGGAAAAAGGUAGCGCUCUCCGGCAACGGCUGUGCGGCUUUGCUCCACGGAAGAAGCAGUUGACUCUCAGCACCGCGCCACUAGCCUCUCUUCGCUCCGGAGCCCGUAAUUGGGUUCCUUUACGAAUUGGGGGGGCGCGAAAGGUGCCCGCCGAGUCCCAUGGUCACAGGCUUCAUCCGCCUGUGAUUUUUUAAAGGGUCCCCGCUUCGCCGUAGCGGAACAGACCCAUUUUCCGUGGAGCCAGUCCCUCCGGAUCAGAGGGAAUCCGCCAUUACCGAUGGCGCCACCCCGGAAGUUCUGGAACAACAAUGGGAUAUUAACUCUGCCCAAGGCAUGAUGGAGAGCAGCAACGGCUGGGAAGACCACAGAUAGAAUAAAUGUCACAUACAGGAGGAAUAAGGAUAUAGUUUGAAUGAUUCACCUAUAGGGUUUAUAAAUCAUUUAAUGUGUCAAGACGAGUGGAUGUCGUUAAUAUUGCAGUUGUUGUAUAAGGGAUGGUUAUUUUGAAUGGAAUGUAGCAGAUGAAUAAGAGCUUGGAACGCAGAAACAAAGUAAAUCAUCAAACCAUCAAUUCUAGCAUGAGGGAGGCCACCUAAAUUAUAUACCGUAAUUGGGCAUCCGAAUGAUUGGGAUCAGUAAUUGUAUUGUAUUGUAAUUUGGCAUUGCUAUCAUGAGACUACCAUUGGAUUAUUGUAAUUGAAAACUAAUAAAAGUUAUUGUUUUAAAAAACAUUGAGAACAAGGCUAUCGGGAGCUACUAGCCAUAAUGACUAUGUUCUAUCUCCUCUAUCCAAGGCAGUAUGUAUCCGAAAAAGAGUUGCUGGGAACUGCAGGUGGGCAGAAUGCUGUUGCACUCAUGCCUAAAUUGUAGGCUUCCCACAGACAUCUGGUCAGCAACGAGAUGCUGAUCCAGAUGGAUCCUUGGCCUGAACCAGCAGACUCAUCUUAAAUUCUUAUGCGCGUGGUAGAAUCAUUCCCAGCUAUUUUGUGUUAAACUAUUUUUAAUGUACUUUAAAUUGUUGUGACCUGCCCUGGGACCUUAGGGUGAAGGGUGGAAUCAUCAUCAUCAUUAUCCAGUUCUCUGCCCAAGUUGAAAAAAUCUGGGAGGACACACAUCUGAGCCAGGCUAUUGCCAGAUGGACCUGAUGUUCUUUCCUGUGCACGUACACCAGCAAAACUGCUGCUGUAGCACUCUGCUCUUGAGCUUUGAGCACUCACAAUCCCAUACCUUGGUAAUGCAGAUCCCUGCAUAUUGUGCUGGCCCUGAAUCCAUCUUGUCAGAUACAGGGCUGUCUUAAGCAUAUGCGGCGCCGGGGUGCAAAGAUCCGCCUGGUGCCCCCCCCCAGGUUGCCCAGUCCCAGGCGUGCAGGAGGGCAGAGCCGGCCGGCCGCCUCAAAGCCUUGCUCACCCCCAACUCACGGCACAGAGCCGCCCGCAGCAGCAGAGCCCGCCGUGGUGCUCCAACCGACAGACGGGCUCUUCCCCAGACUCAACUCUCGGGCCCUGGACUCUUGGCCUAGCACCCCUGAGAGCCUGGCGCCUGGGUGCCCCGUACCCCUAGCACCUAUGGGUAAGACGGCCCUGGUCAGAUUCAUCCUUUUUAUUCAUUGUGAACGCACAGAUUAACACAUUGUAUUCCCAUUUCUCCUUGCCUUCACCCGACCUGAAGAACGCCUCACCCAGGAAGCCAAAUGUAGUCAAUCCGGCCACAUAAAGUAGCCUCCCAGGUCCUUAACAAGCCAUCUUGCUUUUGCCAUCUUGAGCAGGAAACAAAUACGGAAACUUAUAAGUCCCUGUCAUACAUGCCUGGUGAGUUGUGUUCAGUGCACUGAGUCACAAGUUACACAAGCCUCCUCCAUACAAACUUCUUUGUACAGAGAUCUUAAUGAGAGCUGCAAGUUGCUGUCUUAUUUUAUCCCCCCCCCCAUUCUUCUUCUUCUUUUUACUCCAGGUUACCGAACUUAAUCAUGUGAAGAAUAUAUUGCGCUUGCCAAAGGGCACAAGGAAGCACGCUGUAGGGAUAUAUUUUAAUGAUGACACAUCCAGGACGUUUGCUUGUGAAUCAGGUGGGUUUAGUGGCAUGGGCGGUUGUCAUUAGCUGUAGUAGCUGUAACUGUCGCAGCUAGCUGUAAACGUUAUAAAUGUUACAUACCACACUAACAUGCAGAUUUUUGGUCGUUUAUAUGCAGAGCUUGAAGCGGAUGAAUGGUGUAAAGUCUUGCAGGUGGAGUGUCUGGGGACUCAGAUUAAUGAUAUUAGCCUUGGAGAACCUGACCUAUUGGCUUCCGGUGUAGAGAGGGAACAAAGUGGUAUGUAAAUACUUUUUUUUUUUUUUUAAACACAACUACAAAUAGAAACGUUUAGGCUGCCUCUGCAAUGUGCUCAUGAAAUCCAUAAAUACUGUGGACCAGUGCAACAGAGUGUGACAUUCUUCCAUGCGAUCGUGUUUUGUGCUCCACGGUUGCUGCUGCUCCCAAUGCUACCCUAUUUAUAGAUGCGGAUAUAUUGCAAUGACCAAAGUUAAAGCGUUUCAGCUUCCGCCAACUCUGUAACACAGUUGGGAUUUAAAAACAAUUUUAAAAAUUGAACCUCAGCUGUGAUACAAAGAGGAAACCGAAAUGUUUUGCUGCACAGAGCUAAGCCUGCCUUGACAUUUCAUAUGUCAUUUCAUAUGUUGUUCUGUGUUUGACCGAAUCCUUCUAGGGUCAAAAGCCUGCCUCAGAAGCAGGGGAAACUUUUCAGGCUGAGGGCUGCGUGGGAAAAUGUUGGGAUAGGUGGGUGCAUGCCAGUCAGAAGCGGUGCCAGAGGAAGAAAAACGGGAGGUGUAAAGGCUGUGACUCCUACUUUUGUAUAGUAGGUUAGGUGCCAGCCAGAGAAAAUUCAAGGGUCCUUGCAGGGCAACAUAUAAGAAGCACCACCCCAGUUCAAGAUAUUGGAGAAGGGAAUAGAGCAGGGGUCAGCAACCUUUUUCAGCAGGGGGCCGGUCCACUGUCCCUCAGACCUUGUGGGGGGCCAGACUAUAUUUUGAAAAAAAUAACGAAUUCAUAUGCCCCAUAAAUAACCCAGAGAUGCAUUUUAAAUAAAAGGACACAUUCUACUCAUGUAAAAACAGGCUGAUUCCCAGGCCAUCCACAGGCCGGAUUUAGAAGGCGAUUGGGGCGGAUCUGGCCCCCGGGCCUUAGUUUGCCUACCCAUGGAAUAGGGCUUGGGCUAAGGAGUCUGAGGAAGAGCCAUGGCAUAUGAAGAGUCUUGAAGGCCAUGUCGAAAGGCCUAGAGGAUGCAUUCAGUCCCUGGACCUGAGCUUUUUCCACCCUUGGCACACUUGUAUUUAUUGGUUGGUUUAAAGAUAUCAGUGUUCAAAGUAUAGAUGGGGAGGAGAGAGGCACACAAGCAAGAUCUGCCUCCAGCAUGCCCACGUGUGAUGUCCUUUGCAGUCGUCAAGCUUGGCAGCAGCCUAAAACCGCACAGAUUUUGCUACGUGCCUGUCUAUCUCAAACAGCUUCACAGUCAACUCCUUUAAAACUGGUAGCAGGCUUUCGCACAGUCAAUCACUUCCCUUUCCUGUAGAUUGUCAAAGUGACAGAGCAAAGAUCAAACUAAGGAUAAUAGUGCGGAAUGCUUGCGUGGAAGCUUCCAAUGAACAAUACAUUCCCUGUUCCUGGAAAUGCCAUUCCAUUGCAUCCUGCCCCCCAUAUUCUCAUUAUCUAAUAUUUAUCCCCCAUUCUGUGCCCACUGAGCUCAGGCCUCACUGGGCUUUGAUUGGAGUCACCCCCCUUCAAAAAAAAUAAUCUCCCAGGUAAUAUGGUGGUGCCAUUUUGGACAGAUAACAACUGAUUCUCAAAGAGUUGAGUUUGCUCUUAGUCCCAUAGCAAAUUCAUCUUCCCAUAGUCCUUUCAUAAGGAUGUGAAACCAAGGCUGAAGUCAGUGGCUGUCUAGUUCCUAAGUCCCUGAAAAUUGAAAUUUUUAAAGACUGAAUACUGUUCCUUGUUACGCAUCGUCUCAACAUUGAGGCAGGGAAAUGCUAUAGAUGAGAUAUUUUCUACACAUCAUGCAGAAUGAAGUACUGGCAGUAUGAGUUGGUAGAAUUCUAGACUUUACUAAGAUAGCUGUGGGUGUCACUUUUUGUGAGUGGUCUUCCACCCUGGAUAGAAGGCUACACUGAACGUUCUGAUGUGCAGAAUGUAGUCUUAUUCCAGCAUUAUAAAAAUUGGGGAAAUUCCACAUAGGGGGAGAAGCUCUCAUGGACAAGGACCUUUGCUAUGCCUCCCAUGACCUUCUUUUAGUGUAUCCUCCUUGAACACUAUUGAAUCCCAAUUUUCUAGGGUCCUACAUUGUGUGAUGAGCUUACAUGUGUACUGAUUCAGACUAUCAUCCUUCAAUUCUGAUGGCAAAGGCGGUGGAUUUAUUUCUGAACUCCCCCUCCCCCCAUUUGUGGAAUUUCCCAAUUGCUCUCUUGUUUUGUAGGACUGUUAUGAGAAGAAGAACUGCAGAUUUCUUUGGACAUUGAGAAAUGCUGUUAUGAUAUGAUUGUACAAUGUCUGUCAUGUUGUUUUUGAUUCUGCAAGGAUUUUAGUCUAAAUCUUUUGUUUUUCUCCCAGAGAGAUUCAAUGUGUAUUUGAUGCCAUCCCCUAAUUUAGAUGUGCAUGGGGAAUGUACCUUGCAGAUAACGUUUGAAAAUAUCUGUCUUUGGGACAUCCAGAAUCCCAGAGUAAAGCUCGUCUCUUGGCCUUUAAGUGCCCUCCGACGAUACGGGCGGGACUCAACAUGGUUUACAUUCGAAGCUGGGAGGUGAGUGAAUGAUUUGUAACAAGGCUCCACAAGUUCUCCAGACUCGGGAAUUCUGGGCACCUCCACACCAUACAUUUAUUUAAAGCACUAUGCUGGCACUUUAAACAGCCAUGACUUUCCCCAAAGAAUUAUGGGAACUACCCCAUCCUUAUUUAAAUAGCCCCAGAGCUCAACUUGACCUUUAGCAAUCUGGGGUUGUUUGAAACCCACUCAACCAAGAUCCGCAUGCCUCUGAAUAUACCCAAUUUGACUUGGGGUUCAGGCCUUGGGCAUAUCUAGAGCAGCAUUUCCCAACCUUGGGCCUCCAGCUGUUUUUGGACUACAACUCCCAUAAUCCUCAGCUAGCAAGACCAGUGGUCAGGGAUGAUGGGAAUUGUAGUUCGAAAACAGCUGGAGGCCCAAGGUUGGGAAACACUGAUCUAGAGCAACCACCAUAGAUACAUAUAUUGACUAGAGCUGAAUGCCAGCAGCAUACUAAACAAUGGUUUAAUUGGGGCAUGGGGGUAACAACAGAAAACCUCCACACGGAAAACUGAGCAGCAACAUCAUUCCCUUGUAUGCAACUUGCAUACCUUAGAUCCUUCGUAUAUAUUUUAACUUGAAUGAGUAGAUUGUUGUUUUAUCCACAACGAGAAGACUGAUACUUUGGCUCAAUGUGGAACCAAUUGCAUUUGAUAACUUCUGCCACAAGUAUAGAUGAAAUCUCAGAACGUGUGAUGAUCAUCUUCCAAAUAAUAAAUUAAAAGCGAAAGAAAGGGAGCUGUUCUGCUUUUGUGUCCUCCUUUCCACUGAAUGUUUUUGUAAGGCUUUUAUUCUUAUAUAAAUCUAAGAAAGAAAGAAAGAAAAUAAAUUCUGCCUGCCAAGCCAUUGAAGCUGCUGUGGUUUGGUAUCUAAACUUCUAUAUUAGUUGCAUGCUUAUGAAUAUGCACACAUACUUACAAUGCGUAUAUUUACUUUCUGACUUAACACAUAUUAACAGGGCCACCCCAAGACAUUUUGUUGCCUGAGGCAAAGGACAAGAUGCCCCACUUCAACUGGAUGUUCAUAAACCAAAUGGGCUGACACUUGACUCUUCCUUCAGCCCUCAUGACAGAGCAGUAUCCUGCACCACGCUUGAGGGUAGCAGGCUAGCUUAGGAGUGCAGGAAGAAGUGGCUUACUGGGUGGGGUUGAACUAGCUUCCUGGUUGUUGUUUCUUACUGGGAGGGAGAGAGGAAGGUGGUGGGGAGGUUGGCGUGAGGUAAACGCACUGGCACAGUCAAUCUGGCACCCCUGCCAGUGUGUUUGCACCACCAUCUUGCCUCUAACACUCUGCUUCCCAGUAAGUAACAGCGAUCCACCAGCCAGCAAACUAAUGUAGCAGCUCCACUCCAUCCAGUAAGGCUGUUCUGGAUUCAGGGCAGGCCACGUGGCAUCCCUAGUUCUGUUGGCUUGCUGCCAUGCCCCGCAUCUGACACCUAAGGCAACCUCCUCCUUCUGCCAAACAGUAAUGCCUGGCCCUCCAUGUCAAUCAGCUGCUGUUAUCUCCUCAUGCUGUUACAUUUCUGUGCAGGCAGUACUACAGAUGCAUGCUAAUAAGUCAGUCCGCUCACAUGUGACCCUACUCUGUUCUCUUUCUGGCAGGAUGUGUGACACAGGGGAAGGGCUAUUCAUCUUUCAGACGAGAGAUGGGGAGGCAAUCUAUCAGAAGGUUCACUCGGCAGCUCUGACCAUAGCAGAACAACACGACCACUUAUUACAGAGUGUGAAAAACUCAAUGGUAUGCUUACUGGCCCUGCCUGUCAUCCUCUAGCAGUCAGCGGUAAUGACAUAAAAUCCAUAGGCCACCUUCCUAAGCAUGAGUUCAGAUUGUGAUUUUCAGAUUGCAAACAGAUUUGAGUGUGGGGUUGUCUUCCUCUCCUCCUUGUUAACUCAUUCAAUUUCUUCAUUUUUUCAUGCAUGGGGUUAUCGGACAAGUCUGUAACUAUGGCUGCUUUUCAAUUAACUAGCCUGAUAAGAAAUGGCUCUGCACCAGAUUUGCAGAUUGGUUUAUGGAUUUUGUUUCUUUCUAAGAAGUGAGCAUGUUGUCUAAGUUGCUACAACUGAUCUAAGUCUUGUAGACUAGCACGAGUAAUGUAUCAAAAUGGGGUAGGGUGGUGGGCUUCAGCUUUUGCAUGAAAUGUAAAGUACCUGCUCCUCAUACUUCUUGCUAUUACUUCUAAGUCCCUGAUGCAUUAUUGAAAUGCAAGUUAAAAAGGGUAUAUAAGAAUGACAUCUUCUGUAUCUUCACAUGUGUAGCCCAUGUUCCAUGUGAUCUAUAUGAAUCUCUGACCCUUUUCAAUACUUUAGCUGCCUAGAGUGGCUGGGGCAACCCAGUCAGAUGGAUGGGGUAUAAGUAACAACAACAACAGCAUCAUCCAUAUUUAGUAUCAGAUGCUAGACUAAAUAGUACUUUGGUAUGACUCAGUAGCGUUUAUGUUCUUAUUUCUAUUACCUAUCAGCUUCAGGGCUCUGACCAUCUUAAAUAAAUCUUAUGAUAAAUCGUAUGAGUUUUAUUUCAGCAAUAUUGCUUAAACUGGCAUAAUUUGCAUAGGAACAAGCCUAUUCUUCUGAAGAAAGUUGAUGCACGCAAGCAUCAGGCAAAUGUCACAAUAUAUCAAGCAUUCCCUCAUGCAUGACAGAGGAAAAGGAAAGCCUUUUCUAAGAUGGUGCCUGUCACUCACAAAUGUUAAUAUUAAAAUUAUAUUUCUAGAGAAAGCUGCUACCCAAUUUUGAUUCGCAAAGCCCUAAACAACUUGUUUCUAAGGGAUAGUCUGAACCCUUAUAUCUCAGCUUGAUCAUUGAGAUCACCUGCAGGAGCAUCUUUGGUCCUUCCCAUGUCAGCAAGACUCAUGUUGGAAGGGACACCCCCAGGGUCAUCUAGUCUGACCCCCUGCAAAGCAUUUGAAAACAAGACACUGAGACUUUAGUGUCACCAGUGCAGUCUUGUGGAAUAAUCUGUUCAGCAGGUGUCAUCUGUACUAACUUUUAAACACCUGCUGAAAACCUUUCUAUUCUACCAGGUCUGUGCAGGCAGUUAAGAAUAUUUCCUUCUAUAAUAGUUAACUGAUGUCCGCUUUUAACAUUUUUCAUUUUUUUUUAUUGCAUGGUUUUAUGUUUUAUUGCUGUAAACCACUUUGAUUUUUUUUUUAAAUGACAGUGGUAUAUAAAUAUAUGUAUGUAUGUAUGUAUGUAUGUAUGUAUGUAUAAAUAAAUAAAUACAACUGGGAGCACCUUUUAUAGAAUUAUGGAGUUGGAAGGGACCCCAUGAUCUAUCUAGUCCAGCCCCCUGCAAUGCAGGAAUCUUGGCUCAAGCAUCUGUGAGACAUGGCCUUCCAACCCACGCUUGAAAAGCUCCAAGGAAGGAGAGUCUCACCUAGGAACUCUCUGCCCCUUGACAUUCCUGCUAAAAGCAUUUUUGCUUUGGCAAACCUACCCAGAUACAUCAAGUCAGCAUGCAUUUUAAUAUGUAUUUUUAACAUAUAAUGUAUAUUUGCAACUGCCAAUUCUAUUUAUAUUUUGAAAUGGUUUAGACCUACGUAUUUUUAAUUUCUGACUUCAUUGAUUAUUUUAAUGCAUAUUUUAUAUAAACCACUUGGAGGUUUAUAUAAAAUAAGCAGUAUACAAAUUACGUUGCAUAUAUGAAAAUCUUUUCUUUUGAGCUCCCCCCUUCUAAUUGUUUUUGUCUAGCUGUUCUCUUCUAGCAAGUUUUACAUUCUCUGCAAAUAAAAAUGAUCAUUCCCAUUUUCACUGAAUAGGAGUUAACAGUGAAAUCAAAAUCACGAGGGUUCUGCUUUGAGAAAUGGGGUGGGUUGUGUGUGUGUGUGUGUGUGUGUGUGGUUUUUUUUUUGUGUGUGCAAUGUUUGACAGAGUUCUGCAAUUCCAAAAAUAGAUUCCGAGUUGUUUCCAUGACACUGGAAUGUAGGAUAACAUUACAAGUUCUGUUGAAGCAUAACUUGAGGGACCAUAUUUAUUUAACAUGCUGUGGGCGGAAGCCUCUAUUGUAUGUUCAGUGUUCGUUAGAUUGGUGUGGGUGUUUAAAGAUAACUAGCUGAUUUCAUAUUAAUUCCACCCCACACUUUUAGUCUUUGUCUGAACUUUGAAGAAAUUAGAAGUGAAAUAUGAGACUUAAAUCAAUAUAUCUGGAUAUAAUAACUGACCAAGAGUUAAAUCGCAAAAGGGAAAUGUAAAGAUUCAAAACUGUCCUUUAUUAUAGCUUCCGUUCCCCUCCCAGUGGUACUAAAUUAGUAAAAAUGACAAAGUGCUGCGUGGAUCCCAUCUUUUUAACGGGAACAUGAACUGUACAGUGGUACCUUGGGUUAAGUACUUAAUUCGUUCCGGAGGUCCGUUCUUAACCUGAAACUGUUCUUAACCUGAAGCACCACUUUAGCUAAUGGGGCCUCCUGCUGCCGCUGCGCCGCUGGAGCACAAUUUCUGUUUUCAUCCUGAAGCAAAGUUCUUAACUUGAAGCACUAUUUCUGGGUUAGCGGAGUCUGUAACCUGAAUCAUCUGUAACCUGAAGCGUCUGUAACCCGAGGUACCACCGUACUUGUAAAGAAAAUGCUUUUCUCCAGAUACACUUUUAUCUAAGGGCAGAUCUACACUAUACAUUUAAAGCACAUUCAGUGCACAUUUAAACUAGUUGCCCCUCCCCCAAAGAAUCCUGUGAACUGUAGUUUGUUAAGGGUGCUGAGAAUUGCAGAGUUGUGAUGGGGAAGCUACAGAUCCCCAGAUUCUUUGGGGGAAGAUAUGUGGUUUAAAUACACAUUGAAUGCACUUUAAAUGCAUGGUAUGGAACGCAUUAAGCCAGGCUUACUCAACCUUGGCCCUCCAGAUGUUUUGAGACUACAAUUCCCAUCAUCCCUGACGACUGGUCCUGCUAGCUAGGGAUCAUGGGAGUUGUAGGCCAAAAACAUCUCGAGGGCUGAGGUUGAGGAAACCUGCAUUAAGCGCUUAGGGCAGGUAUUUUAUAAUUGCCUUCUUUUGUUUCCCUUUGGCUGAAGCCUACCACCCUACCCCUUGUGAUAUGCCAUAUGUUAAAUACGGUGUCAAUACUGAACCCCUAAGUAACUUCAAUAUAUUUUUCAUUCAUUGGAUGGGAGGCCAUCUUGGGUUCCAUUAUGGAAGAGAAAUGGGAUACACAUAACUAAACAAUCUUCAGUAUCCCCCCUCUCUCUCUCUCUCUCUCUCUCUCUCUCUCUCUCUCUCUCUCCUGCCCAAAAGCUCUAAAAAUGUUAGCUUUGCAAUACUUCUUUGCUAGAUAGCCUUUUUUCAUAGAACUGCAGUUCCCUGGGGUCCUUAGUGACAAUCACAGGGUUUCUAAACUAUUCUGAAAUUUUAGUCUAGACUUGACCCUUAAGAAAGGUCAAGAAGGCAAAAGGAGGAGAUACCAGCUUCCCCCCCAUAUAUAAAUGCAUGCAUUUAUUGGACAACGCAUUGCAUUUUAUGCUCCUCAGGAGCACAACUCUAAUAAAUACAAUACUUUUCUUUUUUUAGGGGGUUACAGACUGCCUUUUGUGUGUGUUUUCCUGGGUGUCAGAUUCCUUCUUCACUGUGUGUUGAUCUUCAACUCCUUCUGUUGUUUCUCUCUAUUCUGCCUAGUAUUUCUCACCAUGCAACACCAGCUUCUGUUGGUCUCCUUUCUGAAUGAAAGAAAUCUAGCGUGCUAUUUCCCUUGUGAUCAUAUUCAUCCAAGGCCCAUUUCCCCCUUCUGCAAGGCAGAAUAGGGGUUACAGUCUUAAUCAUCAGAAUCACAAUACAGUCAUACAUUGGUUUUCGGACAGCUUAGUUCUUGAACCUUUUGGCUUCCGAACAUUGCAAACCCAGAAGCGAGUGUUCCGGUUUGUGAACUAUUUUUGGAAGCCAAACAUCCGACAGGGCUUCCAUGGCUUCCGAUUGGCUGAAGGAACUUCCUGCAGCCAAUCAGCUUUGGUUUCCAGAUGUUUUGGAAGUCGAAUGGACUUCUGGAAUGGAUUCCGCUCGACUUCCAAGGUAUGACUGUAUUCAGACAUAUUUGUUACUUUCUCUAUCUCUAUCAUAGAAGAAGAAUUGUAGAGUUGGAAGACACCAGGGACUCAUUUAGUCCUACCCCCUGCAAUGCAGGAAUCUUUUGCCCAGCAUGGAGCUUGAACCCAUGACCCUUAGGUUAGGAGUCUCAUGGUCUAUCAGCUGAGCUAUCCAAACUUUUUAUAUAACUAAGUCACAUAAAAAGCAAUGGUAGCAGUGUUUGUGCAUAAGAGAGAUAAAAAAAAAAAUGAGUCUUGAAAUCCAUAUUUGGGCAGUGUCUUUACUUGGGAAUAACGGAAGUGUCACAAAAUAGUGGCAAGUCAUAUUUUGCAAAAUGCUCCUUUUGCAGUAACACAUUCCCGAGCUAAAGUUUCUAUAAGCUCAAGCUAGGUUUUAACGCAACAUUUUCAUGAUUGAAUUAUAUCGCCAUAUGUUUAUCUCAAGGUCCGUUGCCUUUUCUUUCAGCUACAGAUGAAAAUGAGUGACCGGGCUGUUUCCCUCAGCACCAUGGUCCCCUUGCCCCGCAGUGCAUAUUGGCAGCACAUCACACGGCAACACAGCACUGGGCAGCUUUUUGGCUUACAAGGUAGGAAGCUGAUGGAAUAACGGUUGAGGCCUUCUUUCAUUAAUAAGUACUAUAUCACGUGUAUCACCAAACGAUGGUUUGGUAUGCCAGGAAUGGGCUUGCAUGCUUCCUCCUUCCCUCACAUGCUCUGAUUCUCUUCCUGUCUUCCCAUGUCAAACUAUGGUUUGUGCUCACUCUGCAAACCAGGGUUUCCAGCUUGAGGCUGAAGGACAAGCACAAACUACAGUUUGCCAAUUUGGUUGUAGUAACAAACUCUCGUUCGCUGUCAACCAGGAGGUUCAGGAGACAAGUGGAAAGGGCAAAAGGAAGAAAUGAAGAAAAAGAGGGAGCAGAUGAGCCCAAGGUUUGCUAGUGUAGUGUCAUGGCCAUGUGUGAGCCAACAGUGAUCAGUUUAUCAGAAGACAUUUCCCCACUGAAAAGACAGAUGGAUGCCAUCAGUCCUUGGGUGAUAUUUCCCUCAUACUGUCUAGCCUUCACAUCAAUAUUUUCUGGGCUAUUGGCCAAAUAUUUGCCAGGAUUGUUGUUAGAAGAACAGCCACUUCCCUCCUCUUCUAUAGUUAUUCUGGACAUUUUGCAAAAGUGCUGCGAACUAUACCUCAUAUCUCCUCACAUAUGAUCACAGGAAAUUUUAUAAUAAAGUUUUUAAUUAUCCUCCCCUGCUAAACAUGGCAGAUGUGUGUGUGUGGAGGGGGCAUAUAUAUGCAUCUAAUCAUUGGACAGCAUGUUAAAUGUGUUUUCUUAUGAUCUCUGAGGGACAUCUAGUGGCCAGGAUAAGUACAUUCACUAAUGUUCAAUAUAACAUUUCAUUGCCUGAAUCUGGAAAGGUGGCUGCUCAUACCUUCAGCUGAAGUUCCUGUGGCUGCUUCAUGUUUCUAAAUUCAAAUCCUGAGAAUCUAGGGAGGAAGGAGUCUUGAAAAUGCCCAUCUUUGCUCAGCCGUGUAUACCUGAAGGUUGAUCCCAGUUUUUAAGCACAUAAAAUGAAUCAAAAUAUUCCCAAUAUGUGAUAAUUAAACUAUAGGGAUUUCUCCUCCUCCUUUUAUGUUUGAAGAAGAGUCUUUUAUCUGGAAUGUGCAGUGGGCAAAAUAAUAAAGUUUUGAUCUGUGUGAGGAUCAGCUGUGGGGGCCGUUCUUGGCAACGUAUUUGGAACAGCAAAAGAACAUACGAAAAUGUGGGAGAAAAUUAACAGAUCAAUGGAAAUUGGACUUAAUCUAAUAGGAAUCCCAAACCUAGUUUGAGAGUAUUCAGACCAGAAGUUAUUUGAGCCACAUUCAGCUAAGCAUGAACAGGGCUAGGUAGAUUUCUAGGGUUAAAAACUGGGCAAAGCCAAGCCUUAUCUGAAGUGGAAGGCAAGGUGUGAAAUGGAAUUAUGUAAGAUGGCAGCAGGUGCAGGAAGGAGAAGCUGGCCUGGUCAACAGGAAUAAGGACACACUAGGAUUAAUUGAUGCUGAAAAGCAUCAAAAAUCCAUUGUGCAAAAAGGACAGGGAAGAAGAAGAGGAAGAGUUUGGAUUUGAUAUCCCGCUUUAUCACUACUCUAAGGAGUCUCAAAGCGGCUAACAUUCUCCUUUCCCUUCCUCCCCCACAACAAACACUCUGUGAGGUGAGUGGGGCUGAGAGACUUCAGAGACGUGUGACUAGCCCAAGGUCACCCAGCAGCUGCCUAUGGAGGAGCGGGGAAGCGAACCCAGUUCACCAGAUUACGAGUCCACCGUUCUUAACCACUACACCACAGGGCUCUUCCUGAGUCCCAAUUGACUGAGAAAAAGUUAGGCUGGGGUUUACCUUCUGUUGGUUGUUUUUACUGCUUUUAAAGGCGAUAUAUAUAUAUAUAUAACUGUCCUGCUAUCUGUGGGCCUCCAGCUCCCAUCAUCCCUGAUCACUGGCCUUGCUGUCUGGGGCUGAUGGGAGUUGGAGUCCAACAACAACUGGAACACCACAUAUUCCCCACCCAUGUAUUAGACAUUACAUGUAUGAUAGUUGGACUGAUAUGAUUUUUUUUCCCUCCACCCCCUGAUCCGAUUUGGAGAAGAUAGUCCACUGAAGAUCCAUCGGACAGAGACUUUCCCCACCUAUCGGUCAGAGCACUGAUAAAAGAAAGCCGAGGACAUUUGAAAUGUGUGCUCCUUGAGAUAGACUGCUCCAGCAAAGAGGCUUUCAUUGACAAUUGGCCAACAAUAAUGAUGCUGACAGAAGAAACAAAGACUGGAUUAAGACUGCGAUGUUAUUUUUUAACCUUCAACCAAAAGAUAUACAUCUUAGAGAUAAUAUUGGAAAGUUGCUAUAUUUCAUAGUUACAUCCAGAAGAAAAGAAGCUGUCUUUUGGUGUGUGAUUAUUAUUAUCUUUGGAAUAUAAUUGAUAUCUGUUCAUGAUUUGUCCUAUGCUAUCAGUUGGUCAAGAUUCAUUUUGAUGGUAUCUUAGAUAAUGUAGUUUACAUGUAUAAACUACAUGACAUAUUUGUAUAUUUUUCUUUAACUUCAGUGUCCUGAUUCAUCACUGAGCAUAGCAAUUUUCAGAAUGGUGACCAGUUUUUUGGAACUGGAAUCUGUUGUCCCUGUCUAUUAAAGUCUGAUUAAGACUAAUCUAAGUUAUCAG